AUGGCCCCGCGCAAGAGCCCCAAGAGCGGCAGCCCCGGCCCCGGAGCCAGGAGAGGUCAGUAGCGGCCGUCCAGAUGGGCCUGUUAUGGAGGGCGCGCGGGCGAAGAGGUGCCCGUCCCGCCUUCCUGGGUCUCCGUUCCCGGCGGUCCUCCGGAGGCGGCGUUGGCGGGCGGGCGGGCGGGCGGGCGGUGGGAGCGGGGCCUCUCCUCUCCUGUCAGCGCCGCGCUUUUCGAAACUGGCGCCCUGAAGUCCUCUUGCAGCCGCCUCGCUGCCGGUCCCGAGGCGGCCCCUCAGGAAUGCCUGCCCUGGUCUCGGAGGAGGAGGAGGCUCCCUCCCGUCGGGGAAGGGAAUGAGGGGCCUGGACGGUGCUGCUGGGAUCAGGGGCGGCGAGGGGAAUACGUAAAAUGGAGCCCGGGAUUUCCUCAGGCGGUCCUGCUUCUGAAUACCAGUCGCUGGCAAAAGCCGCGGGAGGCGAGAGGGCUCUUGUGUUCGUGAGAGCAGGAGGCGGGACUCAGUGGGCCGUUGGUCCCGAUCCAGGAGAGGGCUUUUCUUGCGCUGCAGGUUGUGAAAGCGCUCUCGAAAUCCCUUCGCUUCUGAGCUCCUCCUUGAGCACACAGACUCCGAGACAAGGAGGCGAGGAGCCUGGCUUCGUUUAUUUCCCCUUCCACUUGUGUACACAGGUCACACCUCUCAGCUGGGUAGAUCCGAUUUAAAGAGGCUGCCAUCCUGCGCGCACCUUCGGAGCUGGUGGUCUUUCUUGCUCUUUUGAAAAUGUGUGGUUUUUGAAGGCAUAGGAAGUGACCUUUCAACUAUCCCAUAUGGGGAUUGAACCUGCAACCUUCACUUAGUUGGUUAGAACUUGGUGCUGAUAACGCCAAUGUUGCAGGUUCAAUCCCCAUAUGGGACAGUUGCAUAUGCCUGCCUUGCAAAGGGGGUUAAUCCUCGGGGGUUCCUUCCAACUCUACAAUUCUUUGUUCCUAUGCCUUCAAAAACCACACAUUUUCAAUAGAGCAAGAAAGACCACCAGCUCCGAAGGUGUGCGCACCAAGUUCUAACCAACUAAGUGAUCCAGGCCGACUCUUGUGGAAGACAGUGGGCCUCAAUUCCAUAUAGAGAGACAUAGGAUUGUGUUGCAGGGUUGCAAACCAAUGUAUGCUGGAGUGAAAUGCCAUGGCAUUCAAUGAGGCUUGUUUCUGAGUAAACAUGCACCAAUCCUUGAUGAUAAACGUUUGGGACUGAAAUAGCUACUUCAUGUACAAACUGGCAAGAUCAAGUGUUUACUGACUAGGUUGAUAUGCAGGCCUCUGUGAAAUGUCCCUAACCCUGAAUUCUUUCUAUCCCUUUCCUUUUCCCACCCCAGCUUUCUGUUGUUCAAUUGCCAUUGCUUUUUGUAAUGCCACAAUUUUUGUUCCAUUUGCAGCCCAUUUGGGGACCAUCUUCAGGACACCUGAGGAGAGGCUAGCUAAUGUAGCCUUUUCUUGGGGGAUUAUCAUCCUGCAAGGGCAUCUGCAUUGUGCGUAAAGUGCAAGUUACUGUGUGUUAGCAGAAUAAAAUCCUGUUCCAUUCUGUAUUGAAACACUGCAAAGUAUUUCAUACAGUUAUUUUGAGUGUCUUUCUUUACACAGAAAGAUGGCUAUCAGGUGCUUCUGAUGAUUGCUGCCUUGCUAUACGAUGGUUUUGUGCUCUAUCGUGCACUAUCUAUAGUCCACUGGGGAAGAUCUUGGAAGAAUCUAUUUCAAAGUGGUAUGGUGGCACACCAUAUGGUGGAUGUUGUUAACUUUGUUGUUAAGUGGUGCAUAAACCCACAAUAAAGCAAAACUAUUCUAUCACAAUGCAAUCCUUAAGAUAUCUGGAAGACCCGUUGAUUUUAGUUAUACUUACAUGCAGAUGAGAGUGCUGGUUUUAUACAAAGUGCUGAGGCACUUUUGUAGCACAGUUAUCUUUGGGAAUCUGUAGUGGAUAAUCUGAUAGUUGGUCAGAGUUUUUUUUGUUUGUUCAACACCUCUGUUCUGCUGGACACUAAACUGAAUUACACAGAUGAAUUUUGCUGUGAUUUGUCCAAAAAGAUGGUUGAUGAAUUUUGUUGUGAUUUGUCCAAAACUCUGUGUAAUUCAGUUUAGUACAGCUUUGUGAGGCUGCAAUGGUGGGAAACAUAGAUUUUUCUACAUCAUUAAAUUAGCUGGCUGAGUGCAUUUUCUAGGACUUUAUACAUAGCAGCCGAACCCACAAUCUCAUUAGAACACCAUUGUAGUUUGUUGCCUGUAAUCUGGCAUCAAGUUUCAUGUGCAAGUAUAAAAUGCUUUCUCUUGAUUGUGUGGCAAGACUUGUAUCCCUUGCCAGUAAGGUAUUUUCAAUACUUCUGUUUGGUUACUCCCUCAUCUCUUCCAAAGUGUUUACGUGUCAACUGCCCAUUAAAAAAGGGUGAGGUGUGACCAGAUGGUUUACAUUUGCUGCUUGUAUUUAAAUCAAUCUCCCCUCCUUUUCCUUCUCUACUGGCAUUUUAGUGACACAGAAAUGUCUUAACUUGCAAAAGAACACAUGCAUAAGCAAAUGGAAAACUUUAUUUAAUAAAACCUAGUUAGUGAUAAGAGGUCAGAUGAAUGUGUGGCUGGUGUUAGUAUGAAUGCCUUUAGGGUUUCUUUUUAUUUUUUUGCCAAGCCAUAAUAUCAGUUCUCAAAAUAUUACUUUCUUCCAACUAAAUAUACUCUAGAUUGGUAUACAGAUUUUGUGGAAAUAAGGAUUUAUUUAUUUUUUAAUUAGCUAGUAAAGUGGAGUGUUAGCUGGCAGGUUUUUCUUUUCUUUCAUUUUCAUUGAUUUCAUUUCAUUUUCUCAACAUGGAAAGUGUGCUUUCCACAGAUUUUUGUUAAGUAGCUGAAAAUUCAUAAGGUUAUUAUCUCUUUCCUUCUAUGACAAGGGAGAAUAUCCUUACCUAAAGCCCAACCCUAAAUGUGUUCAUUCAGAAGCAGGUCCUAAAGGGUUCAGUGGCACUUAUUUCCAGGCAAGUAAGUGUAGUUAGAAUGGUGGCUACCUCAUAUGCAUGUUUCAGAGUUGGUUCUGUUUAGAUCAAGCUUCCUCAAUCUCUGCUCUCCAGAUAUGUUUGGCCUACAACUCCCAUGAUCCCUAGCUAGCUGGAUCAGUGGUCAGGGAUGAUGGGAAUUAUAGUCUCAAAACAUCUGGAGGGCCGAGGUUGAAGAAGCCUGGUUUAGAUCAAUUGUACAUAUAUUUACUUAGAAAUAAAUCCAAUAUGUAGCAUUAAUGUAUAGUUAGCCCAACAUGCCUGUUGUCUUUGUCCAUGGAGUUUUCUUGGCAGGGAUACUGGAGUGGCUUGCCGGUUCCUCCUCCAGGUGGAUCACGUUUGGUUAAAACUCUCCACUAUGACCUGUUCAUCUUGGGUGCCCUGCUUGGCAUAGUUCAUAGCUUCUCUGAGUUAUUCAAGCCCCUUCGCCAUGGCAAGGCAGUGAUCCAUGAAGGGGAAAGGAAAGCGAAAGGAAAGUCCAAUGCUGUAAAGAAAAAUAUUGCAUAGGAACCUGGAAUGUAAGAAUCAUGAACCUGGGUAAGUUGGAUGUGGUCAAAAAUGAGAUGGCAAGAAUAAAUAUUGACAUCUUGGGCAUCAGUGAACUAAAAUGGAUGGGAAUGGGCGAAUUCAGUUCGGAUGACUAUCAUAUCUACUAUUGUGGGUAAGAAACCCGUAAAAGAAAUGGAGUGGCCCUCAUAGUCAACAAAAGAGUGGUGAAAGCUGUACUGGGAUGCAGUCUCAAAAAUGACAGAAUGAUCUCGAUACGAAUCCAAGGCAGACCUUUUAACAUCACAGUAAUCCAAGUUUAUGCACCAACUACUAGUGCUGAAGAAACUGAAAUUGACCAAUUCUAUGAAGACUUACAAGACCUUAUAGAAGUGACACCAAAGAAGGAUGUUCUCCUCAUUAUAGGGGAUUGGAAUGCUAAAGUAGGGAAUCAAGAGAUAAAAGGAACAACUGGCAAGUUUGGCCUUGGAGAUCAAAACGAAGCAGGGCAAAGGCUAAUAGAGUUAUGUCAAGAGAACAAGCUGGUCAUCACAAACACACUUUUCCAACAACACAAGAGACGACUCUACACAUGGAUAUCACCAGAUGGGCAACAUCGAAAUCAGAUUAAUUAUAUUCUCUGCAGCCAAAGAUGGAGAAGCUCCAUACAGUCAGCAAAAACAAGACCUGGAGCUGACUGUGGCUCAGAUCAUCAGCUUCUUAUAGCAAAAUUCCAGCUUAAACUGAAGAAAGUAGGAAAAACCACUGGGCCGGUAAGAUCCAAUCUAAACCAAAUACCUUAUGAAUACACAGUGGAAGUGAGGAACAGGUUUAAGGAUUUAGAUUUGCUGGACAGAGUGCCUGCAGAACUAUGGGUGGAGGCUCGCAACAUUAUACAUGAGGCAGCAACUAAAACCAUCCCAAUGAAAAAGAAAUGCAAGAAAGCAAAGUGGCUGUCCAACGAGGCCUUACAAAUAGCGGGGGAGAGAAGGCAAGCAAAAUGUGAGGGAGAUAGUGAAAGAUACAGGAAAUUGAAUGCAGAUUUCCAAAGAAUAGCAAGGAGAGACAAGAAGGCCUUCUUAAACGAGCAAUGCAAAGAAAUAGAGGAAAACAACAGAAUGGGAAGAACCAGAGAUCUGUUCAAGAAAAUCGGAAAUAUGAAAGGAACAUUUUGUACAAAGAUUACCAUAAUAAAGGACAAAAGUGGUAAGGACCUAACAGAAGCAGAAGACAUCAAGAAGAGGUGGCAAGAAUACACAGAGGAAUUAUACCAGAAAGAUAUGGAUGUCUCGUACACCCCAGGUAGUGUGGUUGCUGACCUUGAGCCAGACAUCCUGGAGAGCGAAGUCAAAUGGGCCUUGGAAAGCACUGCAAAUAACAAGGCCAGUGGAAGUGAUGGUAUUCCAGCUGAACUAUUUAAAAUUGUAAAAGAUGAUGCUGUUAAGGUGCUACACUCAAUAUGCCAGCAAGUUUGGAAAACUCAGCAGUGGCCAGAGGAUUGGAGAAGAUCAGUCUACAUCCCAAUCCCAAAGAAAGGCAGUGCCAAAGAAUGCUCCAACUACCGCACAAUUGCACUUAUUUCACACGCUAGCAAGGUUAUGCUUAAAAUUCUACAAGGAAGGCUCAAGCAGUAUGUGGACCGAGAACUCCCAGAAGUGCAAGCUGGAUUUAGAAGAGGCAGAGGAACCAGAGACCAAAUUGCAAACAUGCGCUGGAUUAUGGAGAAAGCUAGAGAGUUCCAGAAAGACAUCUACUUCUGCUUCAUUGACUAUGCAAAAGUCUUUGACUGUGUCGACCACAGCAGACUAUGGCAAGUUCUUAAAGAAAUGGGAGUGCCUGAUCACCUCAUCUGUCUCCUGAGAAAUCUCUGGUUCAAAAUUGGGAAAGGAGUACGACAAGGCUGUAUAUUGUCUCCCUGCUUAUUUAACUUAUAUGCAGAAUUCAUCAUGUGAAAGGCUGGGCUGGAUGAAUCCCUAGCCGGAAUUAAGAUUGCCGGAAGAAAUAUCAACAACCUCAGAUAUGCAGAUGACACAACCUUGAUGGCAGAAAGUGAGGAGGAAUUAAAGAACCUUUUAAUGAGGGUGAAAGAGGAGAGCGCAAAAUAUGGUCUGAAGCUCAACAUCAAAAAAAUGAAGAUCAUGGCCACUGGUCCCAUCACCUCCUGGCAAAUAGAAGGGGAAGAAAUGGAGGCAGUAAGAGAUUUUACUUUCUUGGGCUCCAUGAUCACUGCAGAUGGUGACAGCAGUCACGAAAUUAAAAGUCGCCUGCUUCUUGGGAGAAAAGCAAUGACAAACCUAGACAGCAUCUUAAAAAGUAGAGACAUCACCUUGCCAACAAAGGUCCGUAUGGUAAAAGCUAUGGUUUUCCCAGUAGUGAUGUAUGGAAGUGAGAGCUGGACCAUAAAGAAGGCUGAUCGCCGAAGAAUUGAUGCUUUUGAAUUACGGUGCUGGAGGAGACUCUUAAGAGUCCCAUGGACUGCAAGAAGAUCAAAGGUAUCCAUUCUGAAGGAAAUCAGCCCUGAGUGCUCACUGGAAGGACAGAUCGUGAAGCUGAGGCUCCAAUACUUUGGCCACCUCAUGAGAAGAGAAGACUCCCUGGAAAAGACCCUGAUGUUGAGAAAGAUGGAGGGCACAAGGAGAAGGGGAUGACAGAGGAUGAGAUGGUUGGAUGGUGUUCUUGAAGCUACCAGCAUGAGUUUGAUCAAACUGCGGGAGGCAGUGGAGGACAGAAGUGCCUGGCGUGCUCUGGUCCAUGGGGUCACGAAGAGUCGGACACAACUAAACGACUAAACAACAACAAAGCCCAACAUGGCCAAGAUUUGGUGGCAUACAGGGCAUUCAGGCAUAUUUCACCCAUCCAUCCUAUACCUGCCUUCUUCAGUGUUCCCACAUUGAUGAUACCAUUGUGUGCCUGUAUGUGCUGGUAACAAGCUAUUGAAGAUUUUAGAAUAUAAUUGAGUAGACUGCUUUAUGUCAUAUUAUCAUUCUGUUAUAUAGACAUACACACACACACACAACGUAAUUAAACUGUUCACAGUCUCUGUGAGCUUACAGGUCUAACUGAAAAAUGGCCAUGGCUUCCACAAAGAUAAGUCCUGUCCCACUAACUUUUUAGUAUUUUUUUGAGUGAAUAAGGAUGACUAAGUAGACAUUGGGUUUUAGCCAGUGUUAGUCCUACUCAGAGUAAACCCUAUCCAGAGUAGACCCAUUGAAGUGUAUGAUAAAGGAAAUUUCAAUAUGUUAAUUUUAAUGAGUCUCCUCUGAGUAGAACUUAGAUACCAUCUGUGUAUUUAGAGUUUCAAACACCUAGGUAUCCUGAGUAAGUUUAGCAGUCAUGGGAUAAGAGGACAGGUCUUUAUGCACAGAGUAGGGAUAAAUUGACAGUUUGUACAAUGGAGGGACAUAAGAAGCAGAAAUGCCUGCACUUCUUAAUUCUUUGUGCUUUCCAUUCUCCUUUACUUUCUCUGGUCUCCACACCCACCCACCACUUAACUCCUUGCAAGGCUUCUCGUCAUCCAAUCUCACCAUGUAGUUAGCUUUCCUAGUAAAGUAUAUCAAGUUUCUCUGCAAUAUAAUGUGGCAUUCUCACAGUUUACUUUGUUAAAGCAAGACUAAGACCAACAUUCAUUAAAUAUAAUGAUGGCAUACAGCUUUACUGUGCUCAGUUUUGCCCAUACCUUUAGAACAAACGUACUAUGCAAAGAGGAAGGGCCGCUUGGACUUUAGACAAAACGUAUCUUUUCUUGGCAAUUUCUUACACCCCUUCUGAAACAAUGUACACUUUGAUAUUUCUCUGAUUUUUCACUUCUGAAGAAAUACUAUAGAAUAUAUUAUUAUUAUUAUUUAUUUUGAACAAUGAAGUAUAUCUCAUGCUAAUGGUUUAUUGGAUUCUUCAUUAUAGGCCAUUUGUGCAAUGUUUUCCUUGCACCAAGGUGAUUGUUCCCUGAUGAACAUCAUAUACUGGUAAAGUGUGACGAUUGCUGUGACUGAUAACACUGUUUAUUUUAUAACCACACUGAUGGAUUGAUUUGCUGCAUGAGAAGUUUUUGUUUGUGUGCUUUAAAAUGCUGUGAAAUGAGAGAUCUAGGGCUGGGAAAUCAUUCAAAUUCAUAGAUGCUACCACUAGAGGCCCUAGCCAUGAAAAAGAUUCAAAUUUCUAAUCACCAACACAUUUUUCCAAACAACUUUAGGCAAAUGGUGAUUGGUUUAUCUGAUUUUCCAGCCCUGGAGAAAAGAAAAGCAUCAUUUUAUAAUUCUUUUUAAACCUAUCUUGAAGUAGUUGUAUUAGUUUUCCUGAAAAUAUUACUUGCAGUGUUAAAUAUUUGUUCAAUUGUUAAAUGCUUGCAUUGAAAGAAAACUACUAAUGAGUGGUGUGGUUUUGGAAUGAACAAGAAAAUAAUCAGCAAUAGAAUUCUACUUUUAACUUAUUUAUUAUUUUGAAGAUUUAUACUCUGCCUUUUAAUCAAAUGAUUUUUAAGGCACUUGCUUGUAAUAAUAAAGAAUCACCAUCACCAAAAAGUCACAAAUAUACACACUGCCCAGCACAUAGCUGCCUUCAGUUCUGCAGUCUCGGUACAACUAGCUGUUGAAGCAGAGUGUUCUUUUGUGGUAGAGUGGGGAAGCAAACUCACUACUGCAGCUGCUGCUCCUCUAGUUGACGGUUGGGCUCAAACUGUGUCUUCUUGCCAUGGUAUUUGAAAUAUACUCGGAGUCGAGUGUGAAUUUCAUGCUCUUUAUUCAGCUCAUAGUAGCAAAGAAUGAAACUUCCCCCAAAACGUUUAGCUAUAUACACAUUAUUUACACAAUGGGCCCCAUGUGAUUGGCUAAUUCCAGGCUGCUCCUGUAGGCCAAUAAGGCCUCCUUCAGAAGCUUGAUUGGCUGCUCCUGCAGGCCAAUCAGGUUGCUGAUUCACUUCCACCUGGAGCUGGAUUGGGUGGUUCCUGCGGACCAAUCAGACUGCUGCAUUCUGGAUCCUAUUGUUCUAGGAUUCAGCUCAGUACAUAACAGUAUUCUUCUGGUGGGGCUGGGUGGGUGUACUGCCUCCCAGUAGCCCUUGGCUCCCUGGCCAGAGACGAAGGUCAGAGUGCUUCCUGUCUGCUCUGCAGUCCCAAAGCAACUGGAGAUAAUAAUUGAAAUGCAGCAUAGACUGCCUUUUAUUAGGUCAAACAAUUUGUCCAUCUCACCCAUAAUUGUCUACUCUGAUAGGCCAUGGCUUUGGCUUGCCAGAGUCUCAUCCCCAUUCCUGUCACCUGCUACCUGAUCCUUUUAACAUAGCAAGAAAGGCUUGGGGGGAGGGGUUGAAAAGAGGCAGGUCUCUCCCCCACCCCUCACUCCUGAAACUCCUCCCAUGUUUUUGCUUGAGCAGGAGUUCAAAGCUCCUGUUUCAGGUUGUAUAAGCACACCUUCACAACUGAAAAUUGCUAAGUUCACACAUUUUGUUCUUGUGAAAUGAAUAGGUUUGAACAUAUCUGCAGUCGCCUUGCAUGCCACACAAUCAUGGUGAUGUGUUAGAAAUAAGGCAUUAAAUAAGGCAUUGACCAGAUUGAGCAAACUUUUAUGUCUGACAAAAGUCAAACCUAUAGGCUGUUUAUGCAAUUUACCCCUUUUCUCCCUUAAGCAAGGAUUUGGAAAUAAUAUUUAAUUAUGUGAUCAGACAGGACUCUUAUCUCAUAGAGCUAUUUAGGAUUGCAGCUUUUACUCAUGUUGCAACAAUGGGAAACAGAUAAUGAAUGCAAAAGAGCAUAGAAAGAAAAUAAUGGUAGUGUUGAAAUGCCCUUUUAAGUUUUAUGUGUGUCCCUGUCUUUCCUGCUUGGCCUUCUUUUAAGCAGGCUGCCUGUACAGGCUUUCUUCGUAUUCAUAGUGUGAUAGUGAUGAAUCUAUCAGCCCCCACUGUAAAGCAAAAUGAAAUAUUGCAGGGAUGUCCCACCGUUAGAUCGCGAUCUACCCGUAGAUCUCCGGCUGAUCCUGGUAGAUUGCUCAACAAUUCUGGGCAAUCCACUCACCCCAUGCACACACCUCUUCCCUCCAAUGACAAUGGGUAGAUCACUGCCAAAUUUUUUUAAUACUGGGAGUAGAUUACAGUCUCUUGGGAGUUGGUCAUGCCUGAUACAAAAUAUCUUAUGUAUUCUUUCUUGAUGGUGUUGCCAUUAGUUGAGGCACAGUAUGCAGCAUGCAGAGGGAAGACCUUUUAUGUGCUGGUGCUUACUCUAUAGAGCUCCAUCCCAUCUGAAAGGAGCUUCCAGUAUCUGCUCCAGACCUUCCUAUUUACUCAGGCCUUUGCAUGUGAUUAAUUCCUAGCUUGGAAUAAUGUAUAUUGCUGGCUAAAGUGAGUGGAAGUUUACAGUGGUUUAUUGUUUUAAAGUGUUGUUUUAUUAUUGUAUUUUGGUGAACUGCUCUGAUAUUACAGAUGAAGAGUGGUAUAUAAAUUUUUUUUUAAAAGGUAGACAGAAUAUAUGUGCUUUUGCAUUCAACUGGAGGAUGAGGCCCAACGUAAACCUAAACUGCUCUAAGAACAUGAAUAUGUACUAAAUCUGGACGACUGAGAUCUGAUGUCUCAAUAAAACCCAUCUAGUUACUACCUAGAGAUUUUAACUAAAACAAGAAUUCUGUAAAGCCAUGUGCUGGGGUAUUUUUUGAGGCCUGCAUUGCUCUCCUCUUUUAAAGCACACUAUAUAGUACUAGGAGUACUUGGGUUUCAGUGUUAAGUGCAAAUUAUUCUUCAGCUUCUUCAUAGUCUGUGGUGCCAGUUUUGUUCAAUUUUGUCCUGGCAGCUUUGUAGAGUAUGUGGAGUUUGUGUUGCUGUUUCCGUUCGAUUUAUAGAUAGAAUAGGAAACAUGGCUUCAUAAGAAUGGAAGUAGCAGCAGGAGCAGAAAAACUACUUGAAUAUAGCACCUGUUGCACCCUCAAUCUAUCUUCAAGACCCACUAUCUCACAUCUACAGUCUUGCAUCUGUAAUCACCUGUAUUCCAUCCAUAUAGCUUACUCUGUUAAUUCUCUUAAAAUGAAUUGUGUGACUUUGGUUGGUACAGAUUAUACUUGGCCUUGAAUCAAUGUCUGGUAGUAGCAGUAGUACUUCUAUCCUGCUUGAGACUUGUUUAAAUUAUCAUUAUACCAUCUCCUUAAAAAAAUGAAAUGAAAUGUGUUAUUACAUUUAUAUCACAGCUUUCCUCCAAAGAGCUCCCCAUUUUACUCUUACAACAAUCCUGCAAGGUGUAUUAGAUUAAGAGACAGCAAUUGGCUCAAGUUAAUGUAGUGAGCCUUAUGUCUGAGUGGGAAUUUGAACCCUGGAUUCCCUGGCCCUGUUCCAGUACUCUGAAUACUACAAACGCCGCAUUGGCUCUCAUCUGAUUUUUCUCCCUUGUAAUCUAUUGACUAAGUACAACUUUUCAAACAAAUGUAUGUAUUUUAUGAACUGGAACGAGUGAUAAAAUUGAGAUAAAAUGAUUUUUAGUGUGUUUUUAUUAAUUAAUUUUCCAGCCUUUUGCCUGAGUUACUUUUCUGGAUUAAUUGAUGAACAAAUAUCACAAGAGGUGAGCAGCUAUGUGAUUAGGGGUUAUUGCGUCAUUUAUUCUCUUCAAAGAGCUGCUUUUAUACAGCUAAUUUGUAAUCACUUUGUUCCAUUGACAGUGAUGCUUUGUCCCAUGAAAUGCAAGUAGACUUUGUGACAACAUCUAUAACCACUUUUAAAGUACUUUUUAAGAUGACGCAACGAGGGUGGACCGUACCCUGCCCCCAAGAGUUUUUGUUACUGCCAAGGACCCCUCCCUAAAAAUACCAAUAAAAAGAAUCUGACAAUUUCUGUAGAUCCCCUGCUUUUAUUCUUUGAUGGGCAGAUUUCAGUGGAGGAUGGGAAGUUUAAUUGCAUGAGGAAAAGUCAUUUCACUAAUGCAAUGCAUUAUUUGGAUACAAACCUGUUCUGGAAAAUGUCAGGAGAUUUCAUUUCAUUGGGUGACCUUGAGUUCUUUGUCAGUCUUUCUCCAUUUUAUACUAUUAUAUGAAGAAUUCUCCCUUAGAUCUGCUUUUUCCCCUAACAAAAAAGGUUCCAAAUGUUUUAGUACUUCUGUGACAGAUCUGGAGAGGGAUUUCCCCCCCCCCCAAUGCUCAUCCCACCUAUUGCUAACUACUUCUGGCCAGUUGAUUAUUGUGUGAGAUGGGUUAUCUUGACAAUAUUCUGAAAUGAAACCUAUUCAGAAACUCCUGCCUAUUCAGGAACUCUACAGGAGUCAGUUUCUCAUAGGAAAACUUGAUAAUUUUACUUGCUUUGAGACAUCUAUGGGGGAAUGGCUGUUUGACUUUUACAUGCCAUGUCUAUGGGAUCCUCUCUUCCCAUAUAUGAGGGGUGGCUAAAGGUUCAGAGCUGCCUGUAGUAUUUGCUUGCUUGAAAUUAUGGCAUCUCAGAGAAUAUAUAGAGACCAUGUCUUUGUAACCAUCCUCAGCUUAAAUGUUUCAUUCCUCAAGGUUGCAGUAGAAGUUAGAGGUGCUUCAAAUGAGGGGUUGUUACCUAGUGAGGCAAUAGGACAGCACAGUAGUACCUUGGGUUACGUUACCCUCAGGUAAUGUAAACUUCAGGUUGCGAAAGCAGCAAACCCAGAAGUGUUUCGCUGCAUGUGCAUGCACAGAAGCAGUCUACCACUUCUCCUUGGGUUGUGAAAACCUUGGGAUCCAGCCAGACCUCUGGAAUGGAUCCCGUUCACAACCAGAGGUACCACUGUACUUGAACUAUCCCCAAGAUAACUCCCAAGGUCAAAAUGUAAUUCUAUAUUGAUUAUGAAUUGUAAAGGUAGAACCCAUAAAAUAUACAGUGGUACCUCAGGUUAAGUACUUAAUAAUGGAGGUCCGUACUUAACCUGAAACUGUUCUUAACCUGAAGCACCACUUUAGCUAAUGGGGCCUCCCGCUGCUGCCGUGCCGCCGGAGCACAAUUUCUGUUCUCAUCCUGAAGCAAAGUUCUUAACCCAAGGUACUAUUUCUGGGUUAGUGGAGUCUGUAACCUGAAGCGUCUGUAACCUGAGGUACCACUGUAGUUGCAUGCCCCUAGUUAAGUUUUUGUAGAAAGUGUUAUAGCCAUGGAAAACCUUUAUAGUUGUUCUCUGUGUAGCAGGUGUAAUGUUUAAAAAGACUGUACUAAUUGUGGUUGCUCAGUUGUAUGAGGCAUUUUUGUAUUAGCAUUGCACAUUCCUAAGUGAUGAAGUGCUGCACAAUGUGAGCUGACAGAUGUGGUAAAGAGUUUUCAGAUGUUUUGGGUAUCAUGUAGAACAGCACCAUGCUGAAAGUUUCCUGCAGCUUACACAGGGUGGUUAUAAAACUUACACUAGCUUCAUGCACAGAAACCAGUGAGAUUCACAUGAUAUUUUUAAAGCAGUAGUUUGUCUGGAUAUUCUCCUGUGUAAUGACUAGACUAGAGCCAUACCUGAAUCUAGGCUUGCAGGUUGUGCCCUUCUGCUGGGGGGAGGGGAAUCAAAAGUCAUCAGCUGGAGCUAAAGUCAGGCAAGUUGGAAGCUGGUUCCCCAAAUGCAAAGCACAAAGGUGUUGACCAGUCAAGAGAGUUUAUGCUGUCUUUGAGUUUCAGGGGCCAGUGUUGGUCUUGAAUUCUUCCUUCUCUUCCUGAAGAGGGCUUUGAGGCCUAAAUAAGGUAUGGGAGAGAAAUUCAGUUUAGUUCACAUUUAAUGUGACUCUACCUAAUUUCCACUCUCUGAAACAAUAUGUGAACCUAAAUGCAGCUUUCUUUUGAAAUUUACACUUCUCUGGAUUCUGCAGCAAAAAAGAAAAGUGUGUAAAAAUGUACAUAUUGUGGGAACAUGUGCAUAAUGAUAAGUAUGCUAGUGAGAAUAAAAUAUAACAAUAGGAAAAUUGCUUAGCAAAGUGCAUUUUAGGAGAAAUGCACAUUAAAAUGUUGAUUUACAUUUUCAUGACUUUAACAUAAAAAAUUGCAAACUGUUACUGAAAUGUGGUGAGCUGAACUUAAGAUUUAAAAAUUGACAGAUUCAUCCAUCCCUAGGCCUGAGUUUAGGAACGAACCAUUGAAAACUGGAGUCCCUGAUAUCCUUGGCUGUUUGUUGCUUGGUUAUGCAUUGGGAGCACAAAUACUAACCUGUUAUAAAGGACCUUGUGAAAACUGUAUAGCUGCCAGCUAGCUAUCUCAAUAUUUUUUUCUUUACAAGGCGUGGCAUUUAAUAAAUGAAGUUAUUUGGCUCACUCUGUGACCUAUAUUAUCGUUAACUACUCUUUUGUACUUAAUGAUUCAAUUAAAUUAACUGAGCCAUUUAUUAACUUAUUCAUAAUAAAUUGAUUUAUUGCCUGUUUCCUUGUGUAUGCAUAGCCAAAUCACACUAGUAAAGGUCUAACGUUUUACUCAGUUCUUACCAAAAAAACAUGCUGCAGCCGUAUAGUGCAGUUGCUUCAAUUGAUUUUCUUCUAGUUGCUGUUCUUCUCUGUAAAAUUGUUCUGAACUUCACAUUGAUGGCGGGUCCAAUUUAUCUACAGUCAAUAAAUAUAUGCAUGUAUGGAUUAUAGUUUUAUUGUUUAGGUAGAUUUGCUAAAUGGGAUUUCUGUACCUUUUUUCUAACAUAUUUAGAUUUGGCUGUUAGAAAACAAAUGCCAUAGCUUCCUGAGGAGAGAAUUGUUGAGGCAUUAGCAGGCAGGUUUUGCCUCAGAGCUAUUGCACCCUGCCCUACAGGAAGCUGGGUUGGUCCGAUGGUGCUGUCACUUUUGAACUACUCAGCUGUGUAGUGGAAUGUAGUUUCUUUGAGAAUGAAAGGGUUUUUUAUUUAAUAGGCAUUCUUUGGCUGCUCUUUACCAUUAGCAUGUAGGCAAAUUAUUCACUCCUUAGUUGUGAAACACUCUUCUCCUAAAGCACAUCGGAAUUCAAGCCUGCAAAUCUUCCAAAAAUGCCAACAGUCUUUAUUAUUUGGGCUAGAAUUCAACAAGUUAGCGGGGGUGUGUGUGUGUGUGUGUGUGUGUGUGUGUAAUGUAAUGUUUACACAAUGCUUUCUAAAAAGCUAUCAGAAGGAAGUUUUCGAAAAAUUGAAAAGGGGCUAUUGACAAUAUUUCCUGCUUGAGGAGAGCUACAAACUAAAGCAUGUUUAUAAAUAUUAGUCUUUCACCAAACGCCAUUACCUUCCAGUUCAAAGCUUGGUUUGCAAAUGUUGAAUCAGAAGGCAGCCUAGCUGCAUGUGUCUUUCUUUUUUGCCAGUGACACACCAUCCUUAGUAGUACAUAAUACAUGUGUUAGUGCCAUUCUGUAAUUGUGGACUACAAUUGUGUCAAGUUUAUAGCUAGAAAUGCACCCAAAAGUCAUCCGAUGGCUGACUGUCAGCAUCAUGUAAAUGUGUGUGGCUGUUGCCCAAAUUGCACAGACAAGCUUUGUGUCCUGACUUUUGUUUGAGUUUGUACAGAAGGUUUAAUGCUCUUAGAAUUUAGUCACUGAGGCAUGCUUUCCUGCAAUCAUUUUUUAAAAUCUGUUCUGUUUUGCGUCUCUGGUAUGUUGGUGUUUAGAGAUUAAAUGAGACAGAAAAGAUCCAGGAUGCUUUGUUAGUAGGAGGGGGCAAAUUUGAUUGUCGUCAGCACUGGGUUUCCAUAUGGGUACUUAAAAGCAUUUGGCUUGCAGAUGAUUGCACUAAAAAUAGCUUUUGAGCAGUUUGCAGCAGGGUCCGAUUUCGUGCCUUAGCUGAGUUGGCUGUAAGAAACUUUCUUUGUGGCUGUAGGAAGGCUUACAUGAGGGACAUUUUUUGCUGAUUCUAUCUGGACACUUGUUUUUUAGAUUAAGAUUUACUUAAUUCAUGGAUAAAGGACACUGAUGCCAUGGCUGAAGAUUCAGGUAUACUUCUAGCAGCUUGGAAUACCUACUGUAUUUGUGAAUCUGGGGGUGAGCAGCAAAACUGUAAAUGUAUUGUGGUAUAACUUUAAUCUGAAGAUUAAAUAGUUUAAAAAUUAUUAAUAUUUGGGAUUUCCUCUUCCUAGAGCUGUAUAGCUUUAUGAAAUAGAUACAAUGCAAACAAUGAGAUUUAUUUUUGACUAGAUAUAUACAGUGUUUAUGACUUCAUGUCUAAUUAGAAGCAUAUCUCAAUUUUGUUCAGUGGGGCUUAAUCUCAUGUAAUAAAUGGAUUACAUUUUGUCUUCAGAUUUUGACAGUGGCUGCCAUUUUUUCUACUUGAAUCUAGAGAAUGAACAGAGAUCCCUUUAUAGAAAAUGGGGCAUAUUAAACCUGAGGUGAAUGAAUAUUCACGAAGACCUAGUUCUUCACAUUAUUUUAUGAGCUUUGAAAGUGCAGCACUGUAUUUUACAGGACUAUGGGAUCUGUAUAGACAUAUGGUAGGUGAAAGUAAAGGCUUACCAGAUUUGGAAAUUGACCUACUUUCUUCAUGGCUGGCAGUUUUUGCGUGCAGGGCUUCAUCCUUGAUUUCGUUUUUUGGAAUGAGUUUAAAUUGGUAUAUAAAAUAUGCUUUUAGCUCUCAAUUGGCUCUUAAUUAUAAAAUGUCAUAUGAUAAACCUUAAAGGGAAAAAAAGAUAAGGUUCUGAUUAGCAUAGCUCAGAGGAGUCUAGCUGCUGCUUGCAGUAAAAGCUUCACAUCAUAAAUUGUUUCACAUUGGUUCUUGAGUGGUAUGUGUUUGCAUAGCAGUCAACAGUGCUUCACAAUUGCAAAAAUAAAUGUUUAUAAUGUGGCAUUUUCCAUGAAACUGAGUUUAAGUUUUUGCUAAAUCUCAGGGGGAACUAUCUGCUGCUGAGAUCAUUUUUACUUACAUAGACUAUGAAAUAUCAGUUGCUAAAUACUAUAUUUAUCUCUGCUUUGGUCUCUACAUUGUAAGUGGCUUCACUAUCCAUGAAGCUGCUGGAUCCAGUAGUGUGCUAUAUUAUAUUCCCAUGACUUGUGCUACGGAAAUAUUUAAAUAUAUUCAUCUGUAAUAUGAGCAACUACUGUAUAUAAUCCUUGAUGCUGCGCCUAAUGACUGUUUAAGGCCAGGCUGAAUGUGGAGAAGCUACUUUCUUGAUUCAGUCCUAAAUUUCUUAGUGUGCUUUAAAGACUGAGGAUUUUUUUUGUAGUUUUUCUUCUGGACCCAAGACUCUAGAGUAGAGUGCAAUCCUAUACAUUAGUGACAGCCAACCUAUGGCUCUCCAGAUGUUGGACCUCAACUUCAGUCAUCCCUGGCCAUUGGCCAGACUGGCUGGGGCUGAAGUUGGCAUCCACAAAUAGCUUGAUGGCUUGGCUACUUCUGCUAUACAUGUUUACACAGAAGUAAGUCUCAAUGUGUUAAUGAGUCUGAUUAUUUAUUUAUUUGUUUAUUCAUUUGAUUUAUAUCUCACAUUCCUCCCAAAGGAGCCAAGGGCAGCAAAUAACUGUACCGAAAUUUUAGCUUUAUUUCCACAAGUGAGUUAAUAACUACUCUCUUCUGAAACUAAUGGACCUAUGAAAAAUAGGGGCUCAUAAAGCAAUGAUUAUGUUUCUUUGCUAAGUAGCCAAACCUAGGGGUCAGCAGUUCUUCAUUUUUAAACAUCCCCCCCAUAGUCCAUAAAUUUACCUUCUUAGUUUAUUGUGUGACUAUCUUGACAUCUCUGUGAUCUUACUUACAAUAUCCAGUUUAAACACCAUGAAAAUCAAUAAUCUUGCACAUAAUAAAAAAUUAUGAGAUCUGUUCUAAACAAAAUAAUAUACUUUACUAUUCUGGGUUGGGUUGGAUCCCAAAAAGGUGUGUAUUACAUUCAAGUUAAUGUGGUAGUCUUUUGCCCAAUACCUUAAAAAACAAAAAAGAUUUAGGGGUGACACAGAGCUGCAGAGGAAUGGAAGAGGCAUGAGCAUAGUGGAAAACAGUUCAAAUAAUGAAUUACAAAAUGGGAAACAAGAUUUAAAUAAAGGAUAAGUCUUUUUAUGUUUGAUAAUUUUAAAUGACUUUGAUUAAAUUAACCACCAGGCUUGAAUCAGUAGAUAGCCUUUUAAAUAAUUGCAUGAAACCCUUCAUUCUGAAUUUUGUGUAAUCAAAUAAUAUAUUUGCAGGAAUGUAUAAUUGUAAGCCUUGCCUUCUAGUAGUAAUUUCACUUGCUUUAUUUUACAGAAGCAAGACAUGGAGGGAACAAGAAUGGGAAGAAAGAAGGAAUUUCUGGAAGUUCAUUUUUUACUUGGUUUAUGGUAAUUGCACUGCUGGGAGUGUGGACAUCAGUCGCUGUGGUUUGGUUUGAACUUGUUGAUUACGAGGAAGUGCUAGGUGAGCAUUCCAACAGCAUUUGAAAUGAAGUAAUUUUAAUAUUUCACAUUUCCAAAUGUCAUUCUUUUGCAACUUCAGGAUUUUGAUUAAGAACCUUGGAUCAUAUCCAGCUCUGUGGCUCCACUGGCACAAGGGACUUUUGUAAUACACUUGAACUUCCUCUACCUCUCCUGUCUCCUCCAGCACCCCCUUCACAAAAUCAGCUGCAAAGAGUUGAGGGACCCUCAAGAGCAAAUUUUAAGGGUGCAUAGGGGGAGGAGAGGAAACCCAAGUCUCAUUUCCUAAAUGAAACCUCACUAGUGCAACAUUGGAUUUAACCUUUCAACAAUUACAGGUGCUUAUUCAUUGUUCACUAUCAAGCACCAGAUAUUCAUGAAAGUGUUGAUUUAAAGAGUAAAUCAUGUAGUUCAUCUGUUCAGGUUUUGACAAUGUGAAUAAUGGUUUCUAUAUUUUUACCACGCAUGCAGCCAAAGCAAAGGACUUCCGUUAUAACUUGUCAGAGGUACUCCAAGGUAGGAUUAUAGAGAAAUAAACUAUGCUUAUACUUCUUGGGAUUGAAAUACCUGACUGUUGGCAUACUGCUGGAGUAAACAAAAUCUGCUGUAACUCUUUAUUUUAUUUUUUGUAAUGGAAUAUGGUUGGCUUCAUUAUUUUAUCUUCUGCUAUACCCUUCAAUCUUUGCUUUCUUUAAGUGGUUUUCAGAUUUUUAACCUUAUUCAGCUGCUACUCUUUCUUUUAGGGUUGAGUUUUGGUACUCCUUUAUUAAGCAAAUUUGUGAACCACUUGAUAAAAAACAAAUUCUCCAAGUGUACAAAUAAUAAAAAGCUGAGGAGGAGGAGUUGGAUCGCAUGAUCUCUGUGUUCUUUGGGGGAAGUGUAUGGGCUAAAUUAUCUUUCCCAGUUUCCUAUGAGAGUGGAAAGGUGAUAUAGGUAACACCUGGCAUGCAGCCUGUUCUCUGCUUAUCUCUAUAUGAAGCUGCUUUGGGGCAUUUUGCUUCAUUUGAUUUGAUUCUAGAGACUGUUGGAGCUCAGAGCAAAUAGAAAUGGUGUAACCAUUUGCACUUCAUGCCAAAAAUUAUCUAUAGGAUUGAAGUCAGAGGGAUGCAGGUGGGUGAGAAGACAUUUCAAUUGCCUGCCUUUCCCACAACUACCAUUAAUUUGGUUAAAGUCCACAUGUAGUUGUGAAAUGGAAGGUAGAGGAUUUGGCUAUGUGUAAAAGUGUAAUGCAUCCAAUAUCCAGACUACAAAUAUUUUUAAAGUGGUGAGCCUUGGGAACAAAAUGUGACUUUUCAAAGCUUAGAAUUGCGGGUGCAGAUUUUAGCUGAUUUAUUACAGUGUUUUGACAUCAUGUGGAAAUGAGUAAUUGUUUCCAACUGAAAUGUAGCCAUGAAAAUAUUAGUAUCUGGGAAGGUUAAAUAAUUACAAAGAUUCCAUAAUAAAUUCAUUAAAAUAAAUUAUGCAGGGUUGUAUUCAACCAAGUUAUAUUUGCAGUAUACUCUUUGGAAUGUAUGGGCCCAAGUUAGAUAGGUCCAGUAAUUACAGUGGGUCUAUGCUGAGUAGGAUUAACACUGGCUGCAACCCGCAAUCACUAUCUGUUCUGUUCAGACAUGAUUCCAAAUCCUAUGGUUUGCAUAGCUGAGAGCAUAGCAUAGCUGAACUCAAAGAAUCAAUCAAACUAGUUUAGAGCUGUUUGCCUGCUUUUGUCACCUGUCUUCUCUGUUCUCUUGUCUCUGGCUAUAUUGGCCUUUGGAAGCAGAACAAUCUCCUUAAUUAUGGCUUGUCAACUCAGACAUCAAACCAAACCAUAGCUAGAUUUCCUUUCUUAUAGUGCUGGUUUAUUAUACUGUUUUCAGUAUAAUAAUUGAAUGUGUUGCUAGAAUUUUCAGUUUCAUUCUUGGAUAUUUUGAUUUUUGUUGUUUGGGAUAAAACAAAUAUGCCCUUUGAGCAACCACCUUGGCAGGACUCUGUUUUAGCUUCUUCUCCGCAUGACUGUUGCUUCUGCCUUGUUCAAUAAGCCGUGGCAAAAAAUGAGCUCAAACUAUGCUCUCCAACUUUUAGGAUUUUCUAGCAAUUAAUCUACUGUAUCAGCCAGCUUGGCAUGCAUUUCUCUGAUUGAAAUUGCUUCUGCCUAAAUUUCUUUUGAGUGUUUAGGGCUAUGGCUCUGCCAGUAUCCCAAAUGCAGCAAUUGCAAAUUUCCAUAGCAGCAGGAAUAUUUCUAUGUUGCAUGCAUCUGCCUCAUUCCUGAGAACACCAAUUUACUGUCUGAAACAGAUGCAUUGAACGUUGUGUUUGAUAUGCUGCUUAUGAAGUAUUGUACCUUUGACAUUAGAUAGGCAAUUUUAUUAAUAAGCAAUCAUCAUGUAGCACUUAGCAGUAGAUUUUUGAGUUCUUUUUUCUUAAACAAAUACUAUUCCAGUAAUCUAGAUAAAUACUAUUUAGUGAACUGGUAGGUGCAAUUCUGUUCCUAUUAAAAAGCCAGUCCCAUAACUUCCACUAAUGUGAAUGGAACAGGAUUACAGCCAUUGUGUCACUUGACUUGCAUAGUCAUUUCAGAUACAAAAUUGUUACAGUUCCUUAAACACUAGCAAGUAAUGAAGUGCUGAUUUAGCAAUCCAAAAGGAUUUCAGAUUUGCAGAAAGAUACGCUAUAUUUUAAGGAGUUUGUUUUGUUUAUUUGGAAAAAAUGUAUAUCAUAUCAAAACAGUUAGUAAGCUUGCAUCUGUGUUUUGGAAUGAUAUCUUUUAUAAAAUGUUGAGGCUCAUGAUUUCUUGCUACAUUCCAUCACACAUUCAACAGAUUAAUACAGAAAUAGAUUACUGAAUUAGUUUCUUUCUAUCUGUCCCUGCUCUAGGAAAACUUGGGAUCUACGAUGCUGAUGGAGAUGGAGAUUUUGAUGUGGAAGAUGCCAAGGCUUUGCUAGGCAAGUAGACACUUCUAAAACUGUCUUAAACAUUACCUUCUGUUGCAGCAUUAAAAUAAUGAAUUUGGUUUCCAAAAUUUCACAAUACCAUUAUAUAUUAUAUGUAUUUUUAAACAAAAAGUAACCCAAAGUGUUAAAAUAAUCACAGUAAUUGCUUAAUAUUGGUGAAAUUAUGUUGCACAGCCCAGUGUAUUCCUGUAGUCCUAUUGUUUUCUUAUACAGUAUGAAACAUUUAAUACGAUAAAUGUUUAAAGUGAUAAUACGUUUAAAACUUUUUAAGGUACCUGUAUAAAAGAUUCCUGAGAAACAUUGGUCAGAAAUCCUAAAGUCCUUAAGCCUAUUAAGCCGCCUUGAGUUCCAUCAGGCAAAAAGGUGUAAAAGAGCACUGGAACCAUUUUAUAUAGAGAAACAGUCAUAGUAUGCAAUGAAAACGAAAACAGAAGAGAAAAGCAUAAGAUUUAAGAGGGAUGAGAACUGAUGUAAAGUGUGAAGUUUGAUUGUCAAACAUACUGAAGCACAUAACCCAAGAUACGAUUGAAGUAAAACUGGAAAGAAGACCUAUAUAAGGCGAAUCAAGAGGAAAAAGUAGCAAGACGUACCUAAAAAGCCAGAAGAUUGACAAGACAGAAAAGGAUGAGGACUUUGCAAAGGCCAGUCUACAGAGUGAGACGUGAGGGAAAAGGGCACUUAGGACAGUGCACCUGAUUUGAAUAGCUAGGUUGUAAAGGUGAAUAGUAUAAUACUAGAUUAAUAAGAGGAAUUACAUAGGUUGGAAGUGGAAUGGGAUGUUAAGUCUAGAAGUGGAGAAAAGACUAAGAGAAGAAGAGAACAAGUCCUGGGACCUUUCUCAAAUAAAAAUAAUUACCUAUAUCUUGGCAUUUUUAUUCUAUAUUGACAUGCUGUUUAAAGGCUCUGUGUUGCUUCCUUUUAGAUAUUGAUUUAACAUUCAGAUGUUCUCUAAGAUCUUCAGCUUGUCUGGGAAACUUAAUAAAUUUAGUUUGUGUCACUGCACUGGGCAAAUAUAUUCCUGUGUCUUCAGAUACCUAAUUCAUUUGAUCAUGUCCAACCUUUAACCCAAAUUGCUUUUAUGUAUUCUGACUACUUGUGAUUUAACAAUGUACAGAUAGCAUAGAAAUCAAUAUAUUCAGACACACCCUGAAUCUCCUCCAUUCAUGAGUUGACUAAUAACCUAUACAGCAUAAACAACUCCCCCCCCCAAAAAAAAACCCCUGAGGGGUGAUGGAGUGAUAAUAGGCAAGUGCUAUCAUUGUUAUUUGUGAUUAAUUCUUUCCCCAGUUUCAAGAUUUACAUUGCAGAACUUUGUAUAUUAAAUAUGAAUAAUAUGAACAAUACUGAUUUAGUUGUUCACCAAGAUGCUGAACUUUGGCUUUAUGUUAAAAAAAAUACAUAAACUUUGAGCAGCAGACCUUUGGACGAUAAGAUGAGCUGUGUGUGUGUGUGUGUGUGUGAGAGAGAGAGAGAGAGAGAGAGAAUGCAUAUUGAUUCGUUUGGGCAGGUGUCAGUAAUUUACUGGUUCAGGAGCCUAGUCUUUAGUGGUAACAUUAUUUUGCAACUGACAUACAAAAGAACUGUAUAGUUGUAAAGACACGAUCAUGCUACUGUUUCAUAGAUGUACAUGUAAUUAGAAAUCAGAUAUUCCCCAGUCCAUGACCAUGACUGGUUCAUAUGAGCAGGAUAACGAAAGCUUUGUCUCCCACACAAGGUACGUCUAUCUCUUCAUCUCCUAAAACAGCCUUGCUGGUGUGAAGCCUUGCUGGUUAUUUUACUAAUUGCUCAUUUUUGUAGUAGUAAUAAUAAUAAUUUUAUUAUUUAUACCCCAUCCAUCUGGCUGGGUUUCCCCAGCCACUCUGGGUGGCUUAAAGCAUAUAUCAAAACAUAAUAAAACAUCAAGCUUUGGGUUACAGUCACCCAUAUGCUUUCUCCUUUUCUUUCUUCUUCAGUCUGUAGUUCCUAGAUAAAUGCAAUCUGACAGCAGUGGUAUCCCAGUAAAGGGAAUAAGCAGCUAUAAUGGGGAUCAAGGUUUUUCUUAUUCUCAAUCACUGCUUUAUAUAAUUCUGCAAGGAAAAAACAACAACAAAAUAAUCCUUUAGAAAGGACUCAUUUCUUGGUUACUGAACCAAUAUGCUUUUGCGCUUAGGAUAUGUUUCCAGAGAUGGGGGAUCUUUGGCAGUGCUAGACUUGCAAAUUAAGGGUAUGGGGAGAGGAGUUUGUGAUGGGUUUUCACCUGCCUGAUUUGAAUGGUUUGCCAUAUAAAUAAUGGGUGGAAGAUGGCAGUUUUCUACAUCAAUAACAAACUGUUAAAAGUGGUUAUGAGAUGCUCUAAUAAAACCUAGCUUGCUAAGUAGAAUGUUGAAGUGCAGGGGCAUGGCAUUUUCAGAAAUGCUACCUGUUUCAUGCAGAAGGCCAGCAGCAUGGAAAGAUGGGAGGGGUUUGAAUGACACGGUAAUGUCAGGAAGAAUUAUUUAGAUUUAUUAAACAUUGGGGAACACUUUAGGAGAAGCCAUGCAUGCAAAGGAGAGGGGCUAUACUUGAAUUACAAUGAAACCAGGCUGCUAGUGUUUGAAGUGGUGCUCAUAAAGAUUGUAGAACAAUUUCCCCAAAUUUCUUAGGGAAAUUGGUCAGGCUGGAGCGCAUCCAGUUUGGGAUAACUCUUACCUUAGAGAGCUGCUAUAUCAAGAGAUCACAAUCUCUUUAUAUAAUUCUGUGGCAAUUUAUGAACUACUGUGUACAGUUCUAGUUACUCAAUAUCAAUAGAAUAUAUUACUUGAAAAAGUGAGGAAAGGGUUAGAACCAAAAUGAUACAAGUUGUUGAGGCACCUUUUCUGUGAGGAAAGGCUACAGCUUUUGGUGCUUUUUGCAUAAGCAUGUGUUUAAUCCUCUCCCCAUUAGUGGCCUCUAAUCAACCAUCUUGGCAAGGUCAGUAGUAGGAAUAUGUCUUUGUCAGUGUUUUUUCUAUUUCUUCAAAUGGUUUGUUUCUUGGGUGCUUAUUAAAACUUCCAGAUUUCUUUUUACUAAUUUUCUUAACCAUACUGUUUUAGACUGCUGAUCAUGAAACAGGCUCUCUUAAAUCCUUCUACUUCAAUUUCUCUUUUUCCACCUAACUGCUGCCUUCUCUCUCUCUCUCUCUCUCUCCUUUUAUUCUUGUGUAGGCUUGACCAAAGAUGGCAAUAAUGAAAAUAUUGAUUCACUUGAGGAAGUCCUUAAUAUUUUAGCAGAGGAAAGUUCUGAUUGGUUUUAUGGUUUCCUCUCAUUUCUCUAUGAUGUAAUGACUCCUUUUGAAAUCAUAGAAGAGGAAGAGAGCGAUGCUGCAGAUGAUGUUGAUGGUACGUCACAGAAUGAAGGGGUUCAGGGAAAAAAGACAUGUGUUAUUGUGGAUUUACAGAACCAAUGACUUUAGUUCAGGGAUCAAGUUCAAUUAUCAAAAUGCAACAGGCUACUGGGGUAAAACCUGAUGUAACCCCUUACCCUCAAUGGACAUAUCAGCCAUGUGAUGUAAUUCACUUGUCAAAAAGCCUUUUUGAGAGAGACUGGGGUAAGACAAAAGUGUCUUCAGUAGUAUGAUUGGUUUCUGUAUGGCUUUGCGUCGGUUUGUGCUUUCUUAGCACUAACCUGUGCUGUGUAUUCUUAGCACUAACCUGCACAAGCUCUGUGGUAGUAACAUACACUAUUAACCCUUAAAUGAUUCACCUUUCUAAUAAAGUGUUAAAUUACUAUAGACUAUUCUGGCAUGAUUGACAAAUUAUGUAUAUAUUUAUAUUUUAUAUUUUAAGACUCUGCCUACUAUUGCAUUAAAUAAGAAAACUAUUACUGAAAUUAUUUGAAUUUGCUACCAAUGAGUAUUCCUUAAUUUUAUAAUUUAUUACAUGCUUUUACAGACUUAUAGAGCAAAUUCUGAGGUUACUCAAAUUUGUUAUGUUAGUAAAUCCAUUUACUAUAUGAAAGAAAUAGCAUGCAAGUGUUGUAUAUUUUGAAAUGAAGCUUUCAUUCUUAUUUUCUUUAUAUACUAUUUUAUCUCUUAAAGGCAGAUUUGUUUGUAAAAAUUUAGUGGACAUUUUUUGAAAGCGAGAACCUGUAAAUAUGUAUUUCUCCUGUAAUAUUCAACUAAUUAAAGCUGAUAAAUGCAAACUGUCUUUUAUGUCUUGCUAAACUGAAUGGCUGACUCAGAUUUGCUUUUUGAUUUUUCUGCUCCGCCGCACCCUCCCCCCAUCUCAUAGUGAAGGGACUGAUUAUACAAAUGCCUGAGUUCAGCAAGUUUCCAUGCCCAGCUUUGUGUGGAGCAAAUUAACCUUCUGGAACAGAUAUGUGUGCAAAAUUUUGUGGUGUGUGUGUGUGUGUAUGAUAAAAUCUAGUGCCUGUAUUUCAUGCACACUGCUGAAUAAUACUUAGGCUUGUUUGAUCUGAUAUUGCUGAUCAAACCUUAGACUGCAGUCCUUUACACACUUUUCUAUAAGUAGCAACCAUUGAACUCAAUGGAGCUUACAUCUGAAUAAAUAUGUAUAGAAUUGCACUGUUUGUCUCAGAAUUAGCACAUUUGAUAGAAACUUUCAUGGCUCAGAAAUGUGAGUGUUUAAGUAAAGUGUACAAGUAAAGUCUACAGCCUGAGGAAGAGUUCUAUGGAUUUUCAAAGCUUGCCUGACAUAAUAUUGAGCACAUAAUGUGAAAAAGCUGCUUUACAUUUUGCACAAACUUCUGCUUUCUUUGCUAUGGCAGCAAUGUGUAAAUAAUUUGCAGAAGAUGCACUUUGCAUUUUAUUUGUUCCAAAUAAAAAUACAUGAGCUGAACCCCGGAUUUCUGUGACCAUCCUCAACUGUAUCUGAUGCAAAGCAAGUUCAUAUCUUGUAAAAUGGUUGGGCAUAACUGUUGUAGAAAUAUAUUAAAACAGUGGUUUUUAUUGAUAAAUGUUAUAUACUUUGUAUGUUUAUCCACAGUGGAAUAAAUUAAUGAUAACAUUUGGAUACCACAGUAUUGUAAGAAAAGAAUUUGAGCUUACAAGGAAUGUACCUUCCUUUGUUUGGAGUUAUCUUCUCUAAAAAUAGUUUUGUAUACCUGAUAGUAUGAGUUAGAAGUUAUUUAGUUGAGACUGAUGAAAAGGGCAGUUACUCAUAACAAGGCAACCAAUAAUUCAGGGCUUUGUGGGGCAAAACAUAGCCUUUGUGCUUUGUCACCAGAUGUUCAGCAAGAAAUUUCAUCUUCUUUUCAGUUACCUUUUCUGUUCUUUGCGGUGGGGUGGGGUACAUAAUCUGAACAAUUGUGUUUCAGUUUUGAAGCAAAGGUGAGGAAGUGGAGAUUUCAUUGGUUUUAUUUAUUUUGCUAAACUUCAGGCUGUUCUAAAAUAAUAGAUUUCUAUAGCUGACCCAAGGCUAUAAUAUAACAGAUUUCAGACCCUUCAUUAUUGAUGGCUAAAAUUUAAUUCUUAUUGGAAAUGGGUUUCACAGUUAUAAACAUCUGAGCAGGACCAUAUAAAUAAAAGUUAGACAAAAUUUGUAUUCUGUUAUCUAAUAACAGCAAUAAUGGUUCAGCUGUAGAGUUUAUUUCAAGGACUAGAUUAGUGAUUGUCUUUUUAAAAAAUGUAUUCGUAAGAUUUUCUUGUCUGAAUGUUUUGUUAACAAGUUUGUUUUUUUAUUGCCCAAUGUUUUUAAAACUUCUGGACCUUUAAUACCACUUCCACAUUCCUUUGGUGAUGAAAUGGUAAAACUUCAAUCAUGUUUGAGGUAACCUUGUUUAUGAUCUGAUCUAAAGUUCAUUUGUUUUUUGCUUUUUGUAUAAAAAGGAAAUAAAGUUAAAUCAUAUAGGUUUGAAUCCAGAGAAAUGCUGGUGGAAGAGGAUGGGUGAAAGGUGACUUCUCUCUCCCUUUGUCCCUACAAAAGUUUUUCCUGAGGUGUACAUUGCUGAAUCGAGUAGGCUGUGACACGCCAGAUUAAUUGGGAAGAGGGGGAUUACUGAAAAUUGGGAGGAGGCAUCUUCUGUGAGGCUAUUUUUCCUUUGCACCCAGCAUAAAAAGAAGCAGGUGGGGAGAGGAGGCUAUGUUUGCCUGCUAUAUUACUAGCCUACAUUUAUUGCUUGCCUGCUUCUUAUUCAUAAGAGGACUAGCAGAGGUUGGACCAGAAUGCUACUCCUAUGAAUAAAAAGCAGACUUAGUAAUUAUUUUUGUAGGCUAUUAACUUUUAUGGGCUUAUCUUCACAGCUUGCUAAGGUCUUUGAGAGCAUGAUAUUCAAAAGAAACCAGUAACUUAAUAGCAUAUCACUGGAUCUUUUCAAUUUAGAUCUACAGUUUAUAUCUAGUACAGUAUUUUGAAAUCUUCUUUCAGUCACCAUGCUUAUUAUUUAAUUUAUUUAUCUUUAUGCUCCACCUUCCUACCAAAGCACUCAAGAUGGUUUUCAGUUUAAAAUAAUGUCUUCAGUGUCAGGUACAUGUUUCAAAAGGGAAGAAGAAAACAGGCAAACUCAAGUAUCAACACAGUCACACGGUUGCACAAUAGUAUUCAGAUUAUCAAGGAAAGACAGAGAAAGCCUUGAGGUAUUAACUCACUACCCUCAUUCUGGCAACAUCAUACAACCACCCUGCUAUAGAAAGCAGCAGCUGAAGGAACUUGCACUCUGUAAUUUGAGAACUGUUUGAAUAAUGAAGUUAUGCAGUGACAAGGUAGAAUGGUCAUUGCAGUAAGCACUUCGGGGAAGGAAGGAGCCGAAUGGUAGCUGUUCCCAGUCAGCUGAGGCAGGGAGCCAAGCUGCCUCACUUUGGCAACUAAUCCUAUUUGGAAUUCUCUUUAUUUUUGCAAUACAUCUUUCACUUUCUCUUUGAGAACCAUAAGUUAGAAAACCCAUACAACAGUAUUACUGAUUUUUUCCCAUUAGAAACACACACACACACACACACACACACACACACACGGAGAGAGAGAGAGAGAGAGAGAGAGAGAGACUGUUCUCGGAUCAACUGAGAUAGUGAUGACUAAAAGAGCUCCCCAAACUGGAAAGCUUUAAAAGCCAGAAUAAAAGCAAAUAAAAUAAGACCAUAGAUAACAAGAUUGCAAUACACCAAAAGUCUAAUGGAAUAAAAUGUAUUUACCACCCUCUCAUCAGAAUGGAAUUUCAUUACUGGGGCACUGCUAUAGAAAAGGUCCUUUCCUGUGACCUUACCAAUUACAGCUUUCAUAUUUGAUGAAAUGAGAGAGACUGGGCCUACUAUACCUGUGUGUGGCUUAUUUUGAAAGCUUUGUUUAAUGGAACACUUCCAGAAAACAGAACAGUCGGGUAUAAGUUUUUUUUUAAGGUCUGAUGUAAUUUUGGUGCUGUUUUAUACUGGGUCAUCUCUCCCCCCCCCCCCAUGUGUAUAGCAUCUUAAAGACUUAAAAUAAUGUUUGUAACUUGUUUUCAUCUUAUGGUAAUCAGGGGAGCCACCAGGAGGGGUUGCCAAGAGAAAGGCUAAAGUCAAAGGUACUUUGCUACUGGAGCAUUAGUGACCUUUUGUGCACACUGAUUAUGAAUGCCUGAAAUGCAUGUGUUUUAAAUGUGUUUUAAAUGUGUGUUAAAUGUGUCUACUAAUUCUGGAUGCAGUUCAUACCAGUGUGAUUUUGCAUUCAAAAUGUACUGAACAAAAAAUAUCAAGCAUUAGUUUUGGGUGCUCUUCAGCAUCCUACAUAAUUGGAUCUACAGUACUUUAAAAACUUAAUUUCUAAUCCAGCUACAGGCUAUGUGUGUGUGGAUCUGCAUAUUUCUCCUGCUGGAUGAAGAAUCGUGUGUGCAAAUUGAUGCAGUGCAUGCAAUUCUGUAGGAUUUGGGACAGGGCAUGUGUAACCUGGGGCAAAUAUAAAGAUUGGAUUCCUACUAGUCAGCUGUCUGGGAAGGAAAAAUAGGAUGCUACAUUCAGUCUUUCUUGUCAAAUAUCUAACUAGCAGAAUUCUAGCUGAAUUUUCCCAGUGAUGCAUGAGAAUUUCUGAUCACUGAGUGCACGCCUUUGGACAAAGAAUUCAAUCAUUUGGAUAGAUAAGGCUUCUACAAUGUGCAUGGCAUAUGAAAUACUAUAUGGUUUUCAUAUUGUUACCCCAAGCAUUCUGCUCAAAAUAUGCUGGGCCUUUCUUAAUUAGAGUUCAUGUCUUCCUGUUGAAGGAGAAAUGCUCCCUUUUUAUGUUUCAUUGUAAUAUCAUAGUCUUUUUAUUCUCAGGGCUUUAUUUAUUUAUUUCUAAAAUUUAUACACUGUAAAAUAUCUUAAAGCAGUGUACAAAAAGAAUAAAACAAUAAAAUUAUUGGUUAAACCAGUUAAUAACAACUAUUAAGAAGAACUUUUUUAAGAAGCAAAAUCAGCAAUAAACUAAAAACAUCCACCACAGUCCUCUCCACCACCUUCCUUCAAAAAGGAGGUACUUGCAACUGGUCAGUAGUUGUUCCAGUCUAAGGGGCCCAGAGCCAGUUUCUUUAGGAGCAGUUGUACCACUGUCUCUUUUAAGGCAGAAGAAACCAUUUCCUCAUGCAAUGAAGCAUUAACCAUGCUCUGAACCCAACAAGUUAGUAAUGCUAAUCUUAAAAGAUUUUUAUUCCAAAUGCAUUGCUCCUAUUUCCAUUCACGGUAGAGGGAUUGUAGAUCACUCAAUAAUUUAUUGUAAUCAUCCUUCGCAAAUGUUUUUUUAAAAACAGGUGUAGAAGAAAAGCCCUUGUUGGGAAGAGUGGACUAAAUAAUGUUUAGCAAAUGUUUGUUCUCAAUCUCACAAUUGCUGGAGAAUGUGAGCUGGAGAACAUAUUGGAAGGAAAGGCCAGCUAGAAGGGUGCUUUUACCACACCUGAACCUCCCUUUCCCCGAACGUACUUCUGACUUUAGAGUUUGGCUGCAAGAGGAGAGGUAAUUACCUAAUGGGGAAAUUUUUGGCAGGCGCUUAAUUCUUGCCCCAGUCUACCGAUCCUCCCUGGCCCAUGUUUACUCAUAAUUUCCUGAAUAUUUAAUUCAGAAAUGUGUGCAUGUGUGUUCGUGGUUUUCUUUUCCAUAUUAGCUAGUACUUGAUUGGAUUUGAGUUUUACCUGAAGUGGCAUUUUUGUCAUGUAAUUAAAACACUAAUUAUGGUAUCAGCAUAUUUUUUUAAUUAAAGGCAGCUACAAUACUUCAGAUCUAUUUCAGUAUUAAUCUAUUGAAAUAAUAUUGUCAGUUUUAAUUGCAAACUGAAUGCAGAUUUGUGUGCCUCAAUCAUUUUCAUAAGUCUCUACAUAUAUAACUUUCUAAACUAUUUUUAAACCAUUUUAUAACGAUAUAGUAUUUUUGGCCUCUAAUAAAAAAAUGUCUACAUGAUGGUCAUCAUUAAAAUCAGGUGUUUUCAGUAGGAUCUUAUUUUUAUCUUGUGUUUACAGCACAAUGGAAAUACUCCAUGCAGUGUCUUCUUUAGAAAUCAUGACCUCUGGAGUCAGUUUAACAUUUCUAAAAUUAGCCUAUAAAACGGGUGGGGGAAGCUGUCACCCUCCGAACGUUGACGGAUUUCAGUUCCAAUCAGCUCCAACCAGCAUGGCCCAAGGGUCAGAAAUGAUGGGAGUUGUGGGCAUGCACAAAUUCCUCAUUCCUGUUUUAUGGGGUCACAGCCAUUUAAACUUCAAAUGAGUUGCAGUACUGUACUCACCUAGGGGUGCCUAACUUUGUUUUUCACUUAUCUUUUUCAAAUAUAUGUAACAUCAGUGCUUUUUUUCUGGGGGGAUGCAGGGGUACGCAUACCCCUUAAUAUUUUGUGACUCUAACUUUCGCCUCAUUGAGGGUCAGUAUUUCAAGAUGAGUACAAAAAUGAGAGUACCCCUAAACAUUUUUUUAGAAAAAAAAAGCACUGGUUUUAGCAUUUUUGAAUUGAGAUUAGUCAUGUUUUCUGUUAGUUCAAUGAUCCAGCCCCAUGAGUACAGGAUAGCAGAUAGCACUGCCCUUUGCAUAAGGGCAGUGGUCAAGGAGAUCUUAAGAGAAAAGACCAAGCAGAUGUAAAAAGUACAGUAGCAGAAUGAUUGACGUAGGGGUGAGGAAUCUGUGGCCCUCCAUAAAUUGUUGAACUACAGCUUCCAUCAUUCCAGCCACAGCUUCCCCACCCCUGACUUUAAAGUAUGCAAAUUUAAUUCAGCGUAUGUUUGAACUGCUUCCUCUCUUUUACGAUAUCCCCAGCCCCUCAAAAUCCAUGGAUUGUAUAAAAGCUGAGUGAACACAGUUCUGCUUGUGCAGUGGGACUUUUACUUGCCUCUCCUUUCCCUGUGCACCUCCAAAAUGUGCUUUGGAGGGUCCCCCAAUCCUCUCAAACAGGUUUUGAGGGCGCUACAGGAGAGGAAGGGGGAGUUUCACUGUGCAAACCAAAGUCUGUAGUAUGAGCAAGAUGUCAGUGUUGUAUAUGCAAAUUUUAGAUACAUUAUAAGGAGGUUAUGCCAGUUAUAGACAUCUUGUAAAAUAGGCGAAUACAUUUUAUAGUCAUUGAUUUCCAUUUAACAGUGUAUCUCUUUUCUAAUUUUAUUUAGUAGCUCAUCAGGUAGCAUGAUUUUUUUUAAAAGCUGGCAGCUGAAUCAUUUUUCAAGCAAUUGAAAAUUCUUUUAACAUAUUUAAUUAAGAAAGGUAUACGUCAGUUUCUCUUUGGCCACUUACAAUACAGAAACCCCUUAAAAUAGGAGAACUAGUUUAAAUACUGUUAAAAUUGGGGAAAUAGAACAGUUUUCAUCUGAUGCUGAAGAAUAAGUUUUGGGAAGCCCUGUAAAAUAGAAAGUUAUUUCCCUUGGCACAUCCCAAGUAGGGAUUGCUACCUGCAAUUCUUUUGACAGUAUUAAUACUGUGUGAUCAAGUUCUUUUGAAUUGCAACUAUGAAUUUGUGAUGUGAGUUUGGUUUACUAAUAUCCAGUGUCUUAAUGUGUGUUCCUUAAUGAACAUUUCCCCUUUUUUAAAUGGGAAAAUAGAAAAAAUAAAAGAGAUCAAAGAACCAGCCAAGAAAUUGAAAGAGAAGCAAGAAGGAAAGAAGGAAACCAAAGAUGAAGAGAGGAAAAAAACCAAGAAGAAAGUUGAUGACUUGGAGAGAAAGGAUAAGAAAGUUGCUGAUGAUAAAUCCAAAAAAGAAUCUGAAAAGGUUAAGCGAGACAGGAGAGGUGAAAAGGAGAGAUCAGGGUUAGACAAGAAUCUUAAAAAUAAAGAGAUAAAAGAAUCAACUAGUGGCAAAGAGAAAGAAAUUAAGAAAAUAGCUAAAGCCCUUUCUAAAGCAUCUGAUAGCUCAGCAAAGGAUGAAGAGAAGAGGAAAAAAGUAAAAUGAUACUAUUUUCAUAUCUGAAUGUUGCUUCAGUUAGAACUGAUAGCACGAGAAUGUAAUAUAGCACCACUAAGGCAAUUUGUCUUAAGCUUGUUAGAGUAAACAAGAUGACAGAAUAAUUUGCACAAACAGCCUUAGAAUACGUAUGAAAUUGUAAGCAUGAAAUAAGAUAGACUGCUAUGAAAUUUCAAUUUGUACAUAGUAUGUCUGAUAAUGUCUUGUACAUUCUUAUUGUACUGAGAUCAUUUAUAUAAUGGAAUGUUUUUGGUACUCAGUAUGUCACACAUAAGGCUAAUACAAAAAUAAAACACUGAAAUAUUUGUAAGUGUUGUUUUACACUGGGAAGUAGAAGUAUUAGGGGAAAAUAAGGUAGACUAGUUUUCAAUUUUUAUUUUUGUGUUCAAUGAACAUGAUCCAAUUUAUACACUUGGAACGAUGGAAAAUCUUAUCAAUAUCCAUAUCACUCUAGAAAGUGCAACAAAACACAUCUUUUUCAACUAUUCAGAAAAUAAAUACAUGGAAGAAUGAAAGCUCAAAUGGAGCAAUGAAAAAAUGUGAAGAACAGGUGUAAAAUAAGUAAGAACAUUUACUACAAAUUAUACCUUCAUUGCUACCCCCUCUGUUUGCAUUUUACAGACGGCACUGGUUUUGUUUCCUGUUGGGUAGAAAGUAGGACAUACUAUUAUAUAUGUUUUUAAAUAAACCUUGAAUAUAAUCUUUUCCAAAAUGAUAUUUGGAAUAAGUCCAUUUGCUGUUUUUAUCUUGACAUGGAGAAUACUGUGUCAAAAAGUAUUUGGGGCGAGGGGGAAAUCUAGGGCUGAACAGACAUUGGUAUAUGUGCUAUGAUCAGUGCAAGGUUUGAAAAUAUAUGGUUGUGUAGCUCUUUGUGUCUCUGGUCUUACCACAAGAAGUACUCAUAUAUGGGUGACAAAGUACAAUUUUGACACAAAAAUAAAAGCAACAUAUUUUAGCCUUGUUUUUCAGUAAUACAACACAUUUAGAAUUCUCAUGAGAUAAAAUGCUUUACUUGAUCAUGUGAAAAAACCUAUGCAAUUUAAAUUUUAGACAUCUGUGUGGGUUUUUCUGGGACCAACUCUUCCAUGUUUUCUGAAAUGUAUAUUGGAUUAUGUAUUUGCAUCCCGUUGUCAAAUUUUCACUUUUGUGUGAACUAUUGCAUGAAAUAGUGGGUACACGCUAUAGUAUCAUAUUUGAAUGGCAGAGAGAUGAGUGGGGAACAAAGCGUAGAAUACAAUAAUGAAAUACUAGCACUUCCCUAAUACCAGGGGUUAUAUAUUUGGGUUGAUCAGUUUAUAGCUAGAUAAUUUUUUUAAAAAGGGUGGUGGAAGUUGGAAAUUAAUCUCCCAAUGUAAAUGGCUUCUAUCCUUUCGUUGUGAGCCAAGCCAACCCUAUUCUGUCACUUCUCACCCCUUAGCUUAUAAUGCUCUGCAUAAGUAAUCAAAUUUAGGUAGAGCCCUUGGGUUUUGCAAAUUUCAGGUGCUGCUGUUUUCCUUUCCACCUCCAGCUUACAUUUUGGGAAAGCUUUUAGGAAAGAGAAGAGACUGGCAAAUGAGCUGGUGAUUGGGGAGCUUCUAGAUGUUUCCAAGCUUUGAAUGAUGUUUAUGACAAGCCUGAGUUUUUUAAAAAAUAAAAUCCAGAAAAGUGUAGGUGGACUCAGCCCAUUCACAAUCAAGGCAAGUUUCUCUCCAAACUGAUAUGAGCGGGUCUAACCAUUUCUUAUUCAGCUGAGAUUGAUAUUCCAUCAGCAAAGGUCAGACUGUCACUUUUCCGUAUAGCAAAGGGGAUUUGUGCCUAUAGCACACAUAGGUAGUACAUAAACACAUUGAUUAGUGUUACAAACAAUUUGUCCACAAGACAGGUUCCUGCAAAGCAGUAUUAUAGGGUCUGAGGAGCAGGUUGGACAUGGAACUUCUGGCCUAUUUAUAUGUUUCUGAGAACGAACAAACUCCAUGUGGCGUGAGACUUUCCUGCUUACCUCAACAUCUAUACAUUUGGUACUGCAUCUAAAUGGUGUGGAUGUACAGAAUUUAUGGUUACAGACAUUAAGGGUUGCCUCUCCCCCAUAUGAACUGACCCGGACCCUAUGAUAAUCAUCUAAGGCCCUUCUUCAUGUGCCUUCUCCAUGAAAGGUCAGGAGAGUGACAACAUGAGAACAGGCAUUUUCCUUGCAGUCUUCCUGUUUGUGGAAUGCUCUUUGAGGAAGGCUCGUCUGGCACCUUCAUUACAUAUCUUUAGGUGCUAGGUGAAAACAUUUCUCUACAACCAGGCCUCUGGCUGAUCAGCAUUCCAUGGCCUUUUAAAUGUGUUUGUGGGAGGGGUUUUGUUUUGUUAUUUGAUUUUUGUUUUGUUUUAUUUUGUGCUUGUUGUGAACUGCCCUGUGAUCUUUGGAUGAAGGAUGGUAUACAAAUUUAAUAAAUAAUAAUAAUAAUUUGAUCUUUACCUCUAACAAAUGAAGAUUCAGCAACAUGAAGACUGAGUUUGUACCAUUUAGAUGUUACAUCUGGUUCAUGGUAACUUUUAGGGUAGUUCAUAUUUUACUUCAUUUUGGAUUGAAACCUACAGGUUGAAUCUUUUGAGAAAAUACUUUGCAGUUCUGCAUACAGAAAAUCAUCAAAACCAUGCACAUUCUUGUAUGAAAUGAGUUUACAGUAAUAUUCCAAUAGAGUUUCAUGUCACCAGUUUGUUCUGAAAGAAGAAUGAAGAAACUGACAGUGCAAUUCUAUAUACAUUUACUCAGAAGUAAAGCUCUUUAUGCUCAGUGGGAAUUACUCUAACAUGGGUGUGAGUAGGAUUGCAGCCUUAGUGUCCAUUUAGUAAAAUCACAGAGUGACCUAUUCUCUAUAACACAAUCCACCAGAAAAUCCACCAGAAAAUUAGGGAUGUUCUUUUAUGCCACUUCUGUUUACAGCAGAAUGGGUUGCACCCAAGGUUUUGGUGGACUAUACUAGCAGUUUGUAAACUUAUAAAUGCUACAGAAGAUAUGUUAAAAUCACUGCUCAGAAAUGCUUCCGCUUACUUUAAAAUUGCAAUGGAUAAAAAUGAGUCCAUCAAAUUCCAUUUUCUUGAAGUGGACAAUGAUCACUGUUGAUGUGCAGGCCUUUCUUACUGAGCCCCCUCAUGAUUUUCUGUGCUUUGUUGUGCAGUAUUGGUGGAAUAUUGCCAAUGUGGUCAAGUACAUGCUGAUUAUGAAUUUUGGGGAAUUGUCUUGAUCAAAGAUGCUAAAUGAUAAGAUUGUAGCAUGGUAUUUGGAUUUGACAGGUCAAGUGGCUGGAUCUGUAACCUGUCUCCCAUUUGAAAAAUGUUUACAUCCAUUAUUUAGAUCAGGGAAAGAAAACUGUGGUUCCCCCACAACUAUUAGCCAUAUUGAUUAGAAUUUAUAGAAACUGAAAUGCAACAUUUGGAGAGCCACAGGUUCUCUAUGCCUGGUUUAGUCAUUUGAUGGAAAUGCCACUCAUUUAUACUACUUCUAGCUAGAAAAACAUGUUUGUUUUUAGUGGUGCAAAACCUAUUAAUUGUAUGUCAGGAGCAUUUUACAUGUGGAAGCAUUCAAAAUAUAUUGUCUCCUUUUUUUCUGCCUGUAAUCUGAAGUAGUACAAUCCAGAAUUCUAUUUGUAUGCUGCUUUAUUCUGUAUAAUGUAUAAUGUAUAAUGUAUAGAUUAGCUCUCAAAAGUGUGCCACAGAGAAGGUCCUCAGAAACAGUUUAGGGAAAAGAGAGGUUGAGACAUCGUUUUCACUCUUCCCCCUGCGCCCCUCAGUCUAGAAUCUUAACCUUGGAAAGAUACCUUCCUCCUUCUCUGCCCGUGAGCUGGCUUUGAGUGGGAAGCAGUAUUUUCAUUAGACAUACAUUGCUUCACUUCAUUCUUCUUCCCUUUACCCCAAGCCAGUUCUUCUUGUUUCAUCAAUGGUAAUGAUCUCUAUACUGGAUAGGGGAGUUGUUGGUGUGUGGGUGUGUGGGGUUAAAUAAGGAAUGAAGCAAGGGUGAAGGAUUAGGAAUGGAGCUUCAACCUUCAUUUGGAAACAGCUACUAUCCCAAAUCCACCUUUGGCUUCUGCUUAACAACUAAAUAUAUAUUUUAGAAGAAGUGGCCCUAAUAUUUGUAAUACCAUCUUUUGAUGCUCUAGGUAAUUAAAAUUUAAGAGUGCCAUCCAGAGACACAUAUAAGUUCACAGCAGCAUUUGGAGAGAUUUCCUUGAAGCAGCCCAUAACCCCAUAUUUACAGAGCAACUUUGGGUUUUGGCAAAAGGAAACUGAUUUAAAGGCAGCUGGAAAUGAAACCAGUUCAUACAGAGAGAAGUUUUCCUUUAAGAAGAUGCUGCAACAGGCUCCAAAAACUGGUUUUAAAAAAUGAAAAAAAUGUUGGACUUUGAAAUACAAUGUGGUACUUCGGUUGUUUGUGUGUAGUAUGUACUCUCCUUUUUGGUAGUCUUUAUAUUUGUGGGCUUGGAUCCAGACUUUGCUCCCCGUGGGGGAGACUCCUUCGAGCAGAGUUCUGAUCAGGGGACUCCUUCACAGGCAGAAGGGAGAAGGUGGCAAUUCCUCCGUCCUUCCCUUAAAGCCCUCUGAAAAAAUAAUAUUGUGUGGGGUUGCAAGGAAAGCAGGGAUGAGUGGACGUUUCCUCUUCCCUCAGCUUGAUCCCUCCACUGGAUCAAAAGCCUAAAUGGAAGGAGCCGUUACAGUCUUUCUAAGUUUGGAUUCAACCCCUUGUCAUUAUCUCAGUGAUACCUAAGAAAGCCAAAAUGUUGAAUCAGAAAGGCUAAAGUUAACUUUAUAACUAAACAAUGCAGGACUUAAAGAAAGAUCUGUCCCAGAACAGCAAAAGCCAAGAGAUGCUGAAGAGGUUACCCAACCUACAGAGGAGCCACAUGGGAGAGCAGGUAGGUUCUCUUGCAAACUAAGUCAUAGAAAAAUAAACUCCAGUCUUGUCUAUCUUUUUGUAUGGUAAAAGCUUUACAGCAUCUGCUCUACAGCAAGUUGUCCUCAAUGAGAGGUUUGCAGAUCUUGUCGUAUUGCAAACCCUCUUCCAUACUGUUAACACUAUGGGAGUGCUUUCAGAAUGGUUCCAUUGAGGUAGCGAUAUGCAUAAUGUCACAUUGAAUUUCUUUCUAUUUAGAUCUUUCAUGAAAGAUUAGUCAGAAGGACAAUCCUAGUUUCUGGUUCAUGAAUUGUUGUGUGUACUUCACCAGCACAUUUACACAAAAUCAUUCUGAACUCAUCUCUCAGGGAAGUAAACAUAUGAAAAUAUGCCCCAAAUCAGAAAAGAUAAAAACAGAGGGUGGCAUCCAAUGUCGUGUGAGUGGACUUCUCCUUCCUUGCUUCUUCCUGAAGCACCAUUCCCACACCCCAACUACUCUGCAGCCCUCCAGAACAGAUUUGGGGGGUAUAGGAGGAAGGGUGUAUCUGUUCCACCAGCACUUUAGGUUUCCCCUGGCAGAUGAACACUGUUGGACUGCACCCCAAAAUGAAAUAGCUAUUGAAAUCAUCUUUGGAUGUAUAUUCAUUUAAUAGACUAGAUUCUCCAUAUAACCUUUAAAACUUUUCAAAUAAAAUAUUAAUUAGCUUGAAAUAUUAAAAGUAGUUUCUUUACUAGAGUCCUUUAUAACAGGGAUUGAACUGUAUAAACACCCUAAACAGCUUUCUGUUACACUGUAUACAUAUGCCAGUACAUUCAUUUAUUUUGUUUUUGUUCUUUGCCACUCUUAGCAUGACAAAUAUUUUCCUUCAUUUCAGGCAUUGAGUAUUGUAAAAAGAAAUGAGUAUUUUCUAUAAUGGAGUGGGUCCAGAUUAAAUAUUUUAAAGACACUUAAAACAAUAUGCAAGUUUCCUAGUACUUGGAAAUCUUCUUGCAAUAUGUACAUCCCACUGAUAUUUGAGAAAUUUCUAUACUGCUCAGUGCCAAAAAUGGCCACAGGGCAAUGUGCAACAAAACAUACAAUGCAGUAUAUAAUAAGCAACAUAAAUGUCAAAAAUCCGAGAUCCGUAUUAACUUGACUGUAGAUUUGUACUUCUCUGUGUAGGUUUUACCAAUAUAUUGCUCUUAUGGUACAAUCAGUAAUUCGUUCUGCUUCAUAAGCUCCCAUUGUUGCUCUAAUUCUAGGUUGUGGACCUUGGGGUUCUAGUAAAAAACAAUGUAGAUUCCAGAAGCCUGAAGUCUGCCUUUGUAUGAUAAAACCUUACAGGCUGUGCUGGCUCAUAUUCAAACAUUUUCAUUAUCAUGAGGGCUGCAAAAGUGCUUUAUGUAAAAACGAAAGCUAAGAUCCUCAGGAGUCUAGAUAGUUCAGCAUAGCAGAUUCUACCACAUACUCCCAGCUCGUGGAAGAUGCACUGUUAAUCAUGAUGGAUAGUUUCAAAUUAUUUAAACUUAGAGGUGACUAACCUGUGGCCUUCAGAUGUUGGCUUCCAACCCCCAUUCACUCAUGGACAGUGAUGUGGAAUGCUUCGUCCAUCUCUACUAGAUUUAUUUUAUUUUACAAAAUGUAUACAGUGUUUGACUGUAAAACAGCAACAACCCCCCUCAAAGUGCUGUACUAUAGCCUUGUACUUAACUAUAGUCUCAUACUGUUAAUUUAUGGACUCACAGAAUCAUAGAUAACCAAUGGUUAUCUAGUCCAAUGCUCUUCAAUGCAGGAAUUACAGCUCAAAAAAUCCCUGACAGAUAGCCAUCCAAUCUCCGUUUAAAAACCUUCAAUGAAGGAGAGUCCACCAGCUUCUGUGGGUACAUGUUUGUGAAAUGUACAGGCACCACCCCACUUGUGGAUGUCCACGUCAUGUGUGACUGUGCAAAUGCAUUGUAUCAGGAACCCAGAAGUAGGGGAAGAGACCUGAAGGACCUCAACAAAGCCCUGCUGCGCCUCCAGCUUGUGGGGAGACCCUCCCCAGAGCCCAAAGAGGAUGUCCUCUUUGGGCUCUGGGAGGGUGUCCUGGUGAGUCAGAGGUGCAGUGGGGUGCUUCCCACUUAAGGGCAUUUCAUUAAUGUGUGCAGAGGGCCAGCACAGACUCCCCUGUGUAAGUGGGGAGUCACCUGUAUAUGAAAAAAACUUGAAUAAAAAUGCCAUAUAUCACGUGCCAUAUAUCAAAUCCAUAGGUAAACAUGCUCACUUUCCCUAAAAGUAUUUGUUUUCUGGUUUUCGAGUUUAGUCUCUUCUUUCUGCUUACCUUUGAUGUAUUCUCUAAAAUAAUGUAGAACACAGAAGUGCCGAAGCAGAACCAGAAGAGGAAGAUGAAAUGGACACUUUGCUACGUCAAAUUCUUGAAACAGAGUUUGGUAUGAAUGAAUACUUUGUCCAUGAACCUCUAAAAAGAAAUUUUAGAACUAAUCAAUUAUUUUGAUCAGUUAAAAAAAUGUAUGUAGCUAGUUACCGAUCGUUCAGAACAUUUUUGCUGCUGGUUGGAAAUAAAUGUUUGCUUUCCAAAAUGCAAUAAUGACUGUAGUGGCUAAUGACCUGCCCCUCACAUGUUUGUCCAAUGAUACCAGUUUAUAGAAUUAUCCCAUAUUAACAGUAAAGGCUUGAGGCGCAAUAUCAGAGCUAAGCACUCUUAAGAUCCACUGAUUUCUGUGAAAGGAGCAAUUUUAAACUAGUGGGUUGUAUGUGGACAUUUCCCUCCACAAACAGAAGGGCUCCUUCAUUUGCGGAUGGGACUCCAGUCCAGCAGAGGCUUUCAUUCCACUUUACUUGAUGCUCCUGCUGGCAAAAGGGGAAGAAGAUGAUUUUUGGCAGGACCUAGAAGACCAGGAUUCAAAUCCCCACUAUGCUAUGAAGCUCACUGGAGGACCUCGGACCAGUCACUGUCUCUCAGCCUAGCCUACUACACAGGGUUGUUGUGAGGAUAACAUGAAGAGGGGGAGAACUGUGUAGCUUUCUUGAGUUCCUUGAAGGAAAUAAAUGUAAUAAUAAUAAAAAAUAAAUAUUUAUUUAUUUAUUUAAAUAAUUUAUUUAUUUUAUUUUAUUUUAUUUAUUUAAAUAAUAAUAAUAAAUAAAUGUAAAAAUAAAUAAAUAAAUAAUAAAGUAGUCCCCUGUGCAACUUCCCAUACUGUUCUUCAGGGUCUCCCAAUACUCUGGAACAGAUUUUCAAGGUGCACAGAGAGCUGUCUGAGGAAGGGGGGGUGUCUCCAAAAAGGUGUUCUUCCCCUUCCUCCAGUGGGACAUCCAGUUAGCAAAAUUCCAUCUGGAUCCAACCCAGUGGGCCUUAAAUGUGUUUGGAUUGUACCAAUGAUCUGUUUAGAAGGGCGGUGAUUACAGAAUGCAAUUGAGACUGUUCAGUUGAUAUGCUGUUUUUCUAACAUUUUAAGAAAAAAUAAAUGAAGCGGAUGAAGAAACAGAUUUUCAGGAGGAGAAUAGUGAAUCACCUGACGUUCCCACAGAACAGGAUGUCUAUGAUGGAGACCUUGAAGAUAAAGGGCCAGAAGUGUUAGAAACACCAGAAUCUGACUAUGAAGGUACCUGAAAUAUUAAGAGUAUUCAGCAUGUUGUUCUUUUCCUUUUCCUUUUUUGAAAGAGAUUAAGAAGGUGGUGAGAUAUUUUACUUAGACUUUUAUGGAAUAAAUAUAUGUCUUUGAGUUCAUUCAGUUCAGUCAAACAUAGUAUGUCAUCAAGUCUGCUUUAAAUGACUUGUAUACUGUAUUGUGACCCAGUUUGGACGUCAUUGGAAGGAGAGUUUAGUGAAUGGAAGAAGACUGCAGCAUCAUGUGUGCCCUUCCUUCUGCCUUCCCCCUCUCAUGCAUGAAUUAAGCAUACAUCUAACCUGAAGCCUAAGAUCCUGAAAAUUGUGGUUUUAUCAGGAUGUUCAAAAUAUUUAGAAGUAUGCCUAGAUUCAUUUUAACCUGAAUUGAUGAUGCUCAUACCAAGAUGCAGGGAGGCAUGAGGAAAUUCACUUGCAAUAAAAGAAGUAUUGGAAGACAGCACAAAUGGUUCUGUGGUCUACUCUAGUCCUUACAUUGUUCUGUGGUCUACUCUAGUCCUUACAUUCUAGUUCCAGGAUUAUGUCUACUCCAAGCAUAUGUGUCUAAAAACUGUUAGAUUAAUUGGGCACCUUUCUGAAAAUUGACAGUAUUUUAACUUAGCAGUAGGUGGUCUUCAACAAAGUAUUUGCAAUAGCAUAAUGGGAUUUCCUUGCUCUAUUCCCCCCUACCUCCCAGAAGCCCUGCCCUGUCCCCAAAUGUGCUCUGGAAGGUUGGGGGAAAUCCCCGAACAGCUUUAGGAGACAUACAGGGGGAGAAGAGUCUGACGAAAUAUUUUUCCUAGUGCUACACUGAAUACAACGUUUUAUGUACCUUCAAAAACCAAAUAUUUCCCUUCUUUUUCAUUUCAGAACCUGCAAGUGACUAUCAACCAGGAGAGCCAGACACAGAUGACAGUCAUGGUAUGUCUGCUUUUCAUAAUAGCUUUGAGAUGCUGUGAAGUCAUAUAUCAGGUGAUGAACAUGUGUCUGUGAACUGAUCCUAAAUAUUUGCAAAUUUAAUGGGAGAGAUAGUUGACGGAAUUUUCUAAAGUGUUGGUUUUCAACCUUACCUAAGUGGAUCACAACUUUACCUAUCGUAUCUGAAGAAGUGUGCAUGCACACGAAGGCUUAUACCCAGAACAAACUUAGUUGGUCUCUAAGAUGCUGCUGGACAAUUUUCUUAUUUAUUUCAACUACAUCAGACCAACACGGCUACCUACCUGGAACUUUACCUAAGACAGAUUGCCAUGAUUCAAUGCCAUUUCACAUUUUAUGUUACAGUGGACGCUCAGGUUGUGAACAUGAUCUGUGCGGGAAGCACGUUCACUACCCGCAGCGUCGCACCUGCGUGGGUUGCGAUUCGGUGCUUCUGCGCAUGCGCAAAGCACGAUUUAGCUCAUAUGCUCAUGCGCAAGUGCCGAAACCUGGUAGUAACCCGUUCCAGUACUUCUGGGUUCGGCGUGGUGCGCAACCCGAAGCAUCUGUAACCUGAGGUAUGACUGUAUUUACAUAAUGCAUCUUCUCAGCCAGGUGAUGAUAACUUAUGUAUUGAGAAAUACUAGUCAGGGCAAAGCUGCCAUACAUAGGCGACUCACUCAACAUUUGAGGGUAGCAUGGUUCAUGUACAUUCACAGUCUAUAAUCCUAAUAAGUCUUAACUAGAAAGACCAAUGUAAAAGUGGCUGUGGCAAGCUGCCUUUUUUGGAUUUGGCAAAUCUGAAGAUAAGAUUCCAUCAGGGUUGAGGUCCUUUUGGGAGGUGACAGAUAAAUUUCUGUUUUGGUGCUGACAUUGGAGGCAGCAGUUAUGUGAAGCUCUGUGCAGAGGAACAUGAUUAAGGUGCCUGUCUGUAGUUUGGGUAGAGAGAAUCCAGUAAAAGUCAAACCCACAAGUGGGGAUGAAAUGCCCAUACAUAGAGAAUAAAGAUAAAUAGAGCAAGGGGAGAGAGGAAAAGAAAGAUAGAGAAUCAGAGAGAAAAUAUAUAAGUGGGACCCAUGUUAGAGGGGUUUAAUGAAAUGCCAGAUCAAAAUAUUUGAAGAUAUUCUGAUCAAAAUAUAUUAUAUUUCAUAAUACUUGUUGAAAUCUAUGUGCAUUCAUUAGUUCAUCUAGGCUUAAAUUCUAUACACAAACUACACUGGAGUUCAAGUCCCGUUGAAUGCAAAGGGGCUUGCUUCUGAAUUGACAUGCACAGAAUCCUGCUAUUGACUAGUUAUUAAAUGCUUUGAGAUAAUAUAUAUUAUUACUUUCUUUGACAAUCUGUUCCUGGGGGGAAAUUUUCUACUCCGAACUUUUCAUGGCUAGUGUUGAUAAAAGCUGGGCAUUCCCAGUUAUAGUUGUGUGACUUUCUUUCCCAUCAAUCUUGAGUUAAAGGUAAAGGGACCUCUGACUGUUAAGUCCAGUCAUGGACGACUCUGGGGUUGUGGCGCUCAUCUCGCUUUACUGGCUGAGGGAGCGGGCCUACAGCUUCCGGGUCAUGUGGCCAGCAUGACUAAGCCACUUCAGGCGAACCAGAGCAGUGCACGGAAAUGCUGUUUACCUUCCCGCCGGAGCGGUACCUAUUUAUCUACUUGCACUGUGUGCUUUUGAGCUGCUAGGUUGGCAGGAGCAGGGACCAAGCAACUAGUUAGUCUAACUCAUUUAAACCCUCCAGCCGUGACAACAGCAUUAAUAAGCUAUUUGUGAUUUAAUGUGAACUUCUAAUUUUCAGAUACAUAUGAAUAUCAUGCACAUACGGAAGAAGCUACAUAUGAACCAGAAGGCCAAGGUUUGUCUGGUUAUUAUUCACAUAGAAGUAAUAGGUUAUAUAGAAUGUGUCUGUUUCUCUAUGCUUAACCAACCUUGUGAGCAAUGGAACUGCAAAUGUGCACAUAGUUUAGAUCAAGGAAAGCUUGUCUUUUGUCUUGGUAGGCUGUUGAUCUUGCAUUCCUGUUAUCUUUAAAAUAAAUGCACAAUGUGCAUUUAAAAUGUCCCAUCUGUGAGACAAAAAGGCAUCCCAGAAGAGGGUUAAAAAUAAUACUUAUUGUAAUAUAGCAGUGAAAGCUCCUUGUGCUCCUAUAAAUUAUUAUUUUAAUUUGUGUAUAUGUUUAUUUAUGAAAUACAUUGCAGUGCAGCAGUUACAGUUAAUACCAAAAGAUUAAUAAAAUACUAUAAUACAUUUUAAAUAUUUUUAUAUACUCAUAUUCUCAAACAGUUAAAUAUUUCUAUAAAUGCUAAAGAAAAAGAAAAGUUAGAAUCUUAUGUUGCUUAUUAACUAUUUCACCUACACUUCAUACUAUUAACUUUUCCUCAGCAAAUAAUAUGGAUUCACUGAGUCUUAUAUUUUUACUUUGUUCCAAUAAGAAAUAAACAAAUUCAGUUUCUUCCAUAAAAACAUUUUCUUGUUGACUCUUUCACUUCAAAUCAGAUUUGUGAACUUCCAUUAUGCAUGCGAUAUCCCAGACUUGGACUACCCAAGAAUCUUUUUUGGUGCUUUUCCAGUUCUGACAUACUGUAAUUCUGGCUGUUAGAAAAUGAGUAGACAUUUAUGUAUCGUUCUUUAGUAUACUAUGUUUAAGGUAGCCAAAUAGUAUUACUACUGUAUCUUUGGUGAGAUCACAGGAAAAAAUGUUUUUUUAUUUCCAUCAAUGACUAAGGACUUUGAUUGAAAGACUGACUCCAAUUAUAAAUAAUAUUCUUAAAAUAAUAACUGGCAGCCUAAUUGCUGUAAUAAGAAACAAGGGGAAGAAUGAUGAUUAAUUUUUGAAAGUGGUUCCUCUUGAUAGCUUCUUUAUCUGUUUUAAGAAAGGGUUUUAAUUGAACCUAAUGAAAAGAGGAAAUGGCUUCUGACUGUCAGAUGGUCAGGGCAUGUGCUUUUCGUAAGUGAUGUGUGAUGCAUGAAGCCUGUUUUUAUUACUCAUUUCUAUUUUGCUUUGGAACAAUUUGUACAUUAAAAAUACUGAUUUAGUAUGCUAAGAAAAUGAUGGUGAUGUAUGGGGGCAUAAUACAAAUCAUACACUAUGAAGCUAAAAUGGUAUAUGCACCAAUAUAUUAUUAUUAUUAUUAUUAUUAUUAAUCAUAAUAAUAAUAAUAAGUAGUAGUUGGUUUAUAUAUCACAGUUGUAUCUUAUAAUGCCUAUAUGCAGAGGGCCAUAUCCAACUAAGUAGUUCUAAGUAGAAACUUAGAAUGGAACUGCUCCAUUGAAUUCUGCCGUAUAAGGCUAACUUACGUAGACUCAAACACAUAAUCUGCAAAACAUGAAUUUAGAAGUGCAAGCCUCUUUGCAUAUAUGAUUAAUAUGUUAAAUUGACUGUAGGAGACCUAGUGCAGUCCUGAUUCCUUCCUCUUUCAUCCAAUCAGUCAACCAGCUGUAUAGAAACAUGUACUUUGAUUUGCACAAAUGAAAACAUAUUUUUGUCUGUCUUCCACAGAUGACACAGAACUAAAUCUAGAGGAUGCUCUGGAUCAUAACACAGGUAUUACACAGAAGUCUAAAUACCUGCAUUUUACAGUUGGAUUCUACUUAAUUUAAAAGUCAGGUUAUGUUACCCAACAGAGCAGGGGUUGCUGACAUUUUUGGGCCUGUGGCACAUCUGGGAAGAGUGCUGUAGGUACUGUCCCUUCUGGUUGCUUUUUCACCCCUCUUCCUGGGUCAGACCUGCCCCCAACAGACAAAUUGAAAGAAAGCACAUGCAUACACACAGCCAAACAUACUUUUCUUUUACGUAUGAGUAAAAAAAAUCAGAUCCAGUAGAAUUAAAUAAGAUCCUCUUGAAUUUGCAUAAUUUUACCAAGAGGCCCUGAAAAACCACAAUCAAAUUAAUGCUUACAGUAAUACCACCAACAAAUCACAUAACACAUCUGUGUAUACAGAGGCAACUUGUGAUAUGAUGGGUACUUUUGAGGUAAUCCCUGGUAUAAAUUAUGAGGAUCCGUAAGUAUCAGUGUUUCAUAUCCCUGGCAAUGCCCUAGAUCCAUGUCUUUUCCAGUUCAGUCAAUAGAAAAGAUGUGAUCUCUGAUUUGAUGGUUGAUAGGGGAAGGGAACCAGAAGUGGUGGUGGUGAUUUUAAUGGAUUAUUCUUCUCUUUCUUUUCUAACCAAUGUGGCACUCUGCUCUCCUCUCUGGCUAUUCAAUUUUCUUCCUCCCAGAUUGCUCACUUUUCCCUACCCCUUCUAUUAAUACCUCCACCAUUGCCUGUACACAUGCACCUUGACCUACACAAAGACACAUAUCCAAGCCCUCUGGGACAUUGUGAGCUACUCAGUUUGCCCUUGCCUUCCAUGCUGCUUGCUAUAUCGGCUUCCCAGUUAAAUGCCGAUUAAAUGCAGUAAGAUGUGAAUUCUUAGGAAUAAUAUGUGACAGUAGAUUUAUUGCAUGCAUUAACAGUCUCUUUACUUGCAGAACCUUAUUUACAUGACACAGAAAAGCAGGACUAUGUGGAUGAACAUGGUAUGUUGUGUGACUUUAUAGCAACGCUGUGAUUAAGAGCAGGACAUUUGUUUUUUACUUUAGUUGUAAUAUUGUUUGAAAGUCCUCACAUUUAUAACAUGUUGCUGUAACAGUACGGCUGUACUGUGUGUAUAAAUAUUGCAAUUAUGGGUUGGAGUUGAUCUCAUGUCUUUCUCAGCUGAUUAAUGCCUGCAUUUCUGGAUUGGGUUGUGGGGAAAGCUUUCUGCUUCCCUACCCACAUGUGUGGUAUUCAUGUGUGACUCAGCCAUAUUUUACUGUGUAUAGUGGCUGAACAGUUUUAUAUUUAUAUUAUAUCAUUUUUAUGAUAAUUUGCUAUUGCUCACCUCUUGGAUAUUUUAUGAUUAAAUUAUAUAUGAAUGGGUAAGUAAGUAAAUAAAUAAAUAAAUAUAAUGCACAUAGAAUGUCACCUCAAAGAAGCAGCAGACAGCUUGGCUUGUGUGAAAGGGCCAUAGCUGAAUCAGUUUUUCUAGCUGUAUUUUAAAGUUUUGAAAAAUUGACAACGAAAUGCAAAUCAUUCCUUGUGCCCAAGAUUCCUUGUGCCUUACAAAAAUGUUAAGCUUUAAUCAGCAACAAAUAAGUCGUGUGUGUUAUAGUGAAAUAUGUGAUUGUUGGGGAACCUUUCCUUUCUCUGUCCUGAACAUAAAAUAUUGCUCAGUGACAGAGAACUAACUACCUUUGCAUGCAAAAUGUCACUGAUUUGAUUACUCUCAGAGAUAUGAGUGGAAUCACCACAAAGCAUCUCCCAAGACUCUUAAACCCCAAAGGCAGUCCAGAAAGAAGCUGUGAAUAAUGGUAUUAAAAGCUGCUGAGAGGUCAGGGAGAAUCAACAGGGUUGAAUUUCCCCUACAAAUUUCUCCUGACAAAGGUCAUUCUUAAAAUUUAUUUUUAUUUAUUCACAACAUAAAUCUCAAAAUUGAUCUGGACAAGCGAAUUUUUAUUCCAAAACCAGAUCUGAAACUGGAUUGAAAUGUGCCUAGAUAAUCAGUUUCAUUUGAUCAUGCUUGAAGCUGUCCUACUCUACCUUCUCAAGCAACUUGCCCGCAAAGCAGAUACUUUCUUCUUCCCUCACUCUCUGUCCAUGUUUACUCAGCAGCAAGGCCUGUUACCUUCUGUAGCUUUAUCUCUAGUAAGUGUGUUUAGGAUUGCAAUCUUAGUUUCUUUCCCUUUCCUCCAUCUGAUCUACCUAUCUGAAGGGGCCUUCUACAAGCUUUGCCAGCCCAUUGAGAUCUUCUUGAUUCAAGCACUAAGAACUAUUUGAUGAUGUCCCAGUGUUUGAAAACACCAGGCCAUAGUUUCUGGAAUGUCCAGAAGGGGGCAUUCUAGUCAUCAUAAAUUUGUGAGUGCGUCUCUCCCCCUCUCAGUGUGCUUCCAACUUCAUUUGAGAUCCCUACUCUUAUCCAGGCAGCUAGUCCACUUCACUACAAUGUGUGUGUGUGUGUGUGUGUGUGUGUGUGAGAGAGAGAGAGAGAGAGAGAGAGAGAGCGUUCACUGAUUAAGACAAACUGCUUUGCAUAUCACAGUCCUUUAAAAUCUUAUGUAUUAAAGUCUUUUUCUAGCAUAUUUACUAAUUAAUCUGACAUAAAGGAAAUUGUGAUUUUGUUACUUUUUUCUUCAUUAAGUCAUAACCAUUGUAGCAUUCCAGUUUUAAAAUUUUAAUUAUGUAUUUUUUUUAGAAUUAGAAAAUGAAGAAUUUAUUGAAGCUCAGAAUACAGGUAAAUUGACUGUGACUAUGAAAAAUAAUGACUUGGCGGUAAUGGUUUUCCUUACCUGUUUCUUUGAUGUUUUAGUGCACACACUGAGCAAGUCAUGUCCUGCAUGAGUUACGUAUAGGUGAACUAAAGAUAUAUAUCUAAUGAGUUAUUCUGCACUUUUGAACAUAUAAAUAGUAGCAAAUUAUGUCUUUGCUCUGUAACUGAACUGACAGCAAGGAAAGUUCUCUUCUCAAAGAGGCAUGGGGAAAUGGAUCUAAACAGUUCUCUACUUAGUUGUUGUGGACAAAGUUGCAACAGUGACAUUGGGUGACAUUUUUUGCCCACAUGGUCUUGCAGAGCCCCUUGCAAAGCUGAGCCCAGGCUUUUACCUGCUGCAUUCCUUAUAUAUAAUAUCAAGUAUAGGGUAGAUGGGUAUGGCUGGGCCAAAUGGGGAGCUCUGGCAGCCUAAUGCAGAGGCCUGGAGGGCAUAAUUAGGCCUGCAGGCUAUAUAGAAUCAUAGAAUUGUAGGGUUCCCCAGGCCUGUCCUAGAAGCUGACAGAAUCUGCAAUUUCAGGAAAAACUGAAUGCUGUCAGCAUGAGUCUGGUUGGUGAUAGACAUUGAUUCCUUUGAUGCAACUCCUAUAAUUGAUACUCUCUAAGGGUCUAGCUACACAUUAUGUAUAAACAUGUAGAAAAGAACCCUAAUGACAGGUUUUGUAUCUUUUUUUUCCUUUUGUUGUUGUUGACAAAAUGCAGCCUUGGUUGUCUUCUCUACUCCAUCAAUCUAUUCUGUCCCCAAACCCCUGAGUUCCAACCACAUUUUUGUGAAAGCCUGGAGUCAUUCUCUUUAAUUUACAUAGCAUGGACCUGGAUUCUUUUUUUUUCUUAAUCAGAGAGGCCUGCAGCAAUAUUUUGUUUGUUUCAUAAAAUUUAUAUACCAUUUUAUUGUAGGAAAAAAACACACCUCAAAGUGGUUAAAAAAAAGAUAAAACCAUAAAAUUAUCACUCAAAUUUUUACAACCAUAAUGUAAAACAUACAGAAAGUUAAAACCAUAAUAAAAUAGACUAAAACAAAUAAAAACUCAUGCUAACUUUCUAAACAUCUGGCUAGGUUGAUCUAAAUGAAAAUGUUUUCAGCAGGUGCCAAAAAAGAAUACAUUUUCUUGUGAACUAUAUUACAACAUUGUUCUCUUUUCAGAUGGAGAACGGUUAUCCGAACAUUAUUAUGAAAAUAUGCAAGGUAAGCAUAUAUUCAUUUUAUCAUCAUUUAUCUAGAAAUGAAUAUAUUCAUUUAUUAACUAGGGGUGGUGGUGGUGAGAAGAAUUAUGCUGCAAAACUAAUGCUUAUUGCUGGAUUAAAUAAACAUGCCCAUCUUAGCAGCAGCUGCAAUAUUGGCAUCUCAAGUCCGCUUGAAAUAUGAAAACAAUGUUGUAGAAAAAGCACAGCCUAAUGGGAGAUGUUUGAAAGAAAAUGUGAUGAAAAUGAUGUAUAGGCAGUAUAUUACUCCUGUCAAAUUAGCUAAAAUGUAUAAAAUAAGUAAUAAAUGUUAGAAAUGUAAAGAAAAAAAAGGAAACUUUUAUCACAUGUGGUGGGAAUGUAGGAAAGUGAAAAACUUCUGGGAAAUGAUAUAUAAUGAGAGGGAAAAGGUGAUUAUUGUAUUUUUAUUAUUUGCUGUACAUUGUGUACAUUGUAUGGAGGCAUGGUCAGUCAUUGAUUCCUGUAUGCAUACACUAAGAAAAAUACAGAAGUGUGCAUGUGAUGACCAAUCUACAUCUAACUUUAUUGUUUCCUAAACAGCAAUACUUUCCACAUAGGCAUUUUGUCACAUUUGAAGGGAUUUUCAGUUGUGUUGUCGGAAUAGGUAUUUUGGAGUCUGAGAAAGUGUAAGGUUUCUUUCUCCUGCUUAUAAAGGUCCUAGCUCUUAAAUUACAGUUUGUGUACAUGUUACCUCUUUGUAUUGUUAGUUUUGGUCUUUUAAAGGCUGUGAUUUAUUUAUUAUAUGUAUUAUAUAUCUAACAGAGCCAAUUGAGAGCACUGAUCAAACACAUGAAAGUGAGUAUAAAAAAUGGUUCAUUCCAUCUUAUUAGGAAUCAGUCCUAAGAAUCCUUUCAUGAUUUCUAUAAAUUCCCCAUAUUUGUGUAUAAUUACCUUUAUAAAUUAGCAGCUUCUGCUGUUAAUGAUAAUCAUAAUCAUUACCACCAUUAUAAUUAUUAAAGAACAUAAGAUCCUGCUUCUACUGGAUCAGGCCAAUGGCCCAUCUAGUCCAGCAUCCUCGUCUCAUCAUCAUCAUCAAACCUUUAUUGGCAUCACAUACAAACAUUUAGAAUAAAUAGGCCAGUGCGAUCUCAUCACCAUUUCAACAGUACAGUCAUUUGCCAAAGGGAAGAAGAGGUGAGCAAUCUAUUAUCCUCUUCUCACAGUGGCCAGCCAGAUGCCCACAAGCAUGAUUCAAGCACAAUAGUCCCAUUUUAGGAUGUUGCAAAUCCACAAGGUAUCUUUUAGAGCUAAAAGCUCUUUCAGCAGUACUCAGUUGCCAGGAUCCAAUUUGUUAUAAUGUCAUUUUGUCUUUGACCUGUUUCUUCUUUUCUCAAAAGUAUGUCAGUUUAAUAAUUAAAGCAAAUUCCCAUACCUUACCUAUCUACUCAUUAGUAACAGCUGCUACUUAGGCCCUCCAUUUCUGUGCAAACAUUAUUCGUCCUGCAGCUGUCAUAUAAGGGAAUAAUUGUGUGUGCUCUUUCUUUGUGAGGUGUUGUUUUUGUUAGUUUAAUUUGGUUGCUACUCUAACAGCAUGUUAUCUAAUUCAUUUUUAUGUGCCCAUAGAUGAAGCAGAUGUUCCACAUUCUGCUACUGAACAAAUUCAGUCAGGUACGUUUGCAUGAAUUAACCAAGGUGGGAGAAACUAAUUUGAGUAUAACUUUUAUUAAAGUUAUUUUUCUCUAAUUCAUGAAAGCACUUUUUACCUGCUGUUCAUGUGUGGAAUAAAAGGAAUACUGGACAGAGAACUGCUCAGAAACUUCAUUGUAUAAGAUGAUGGUUUUUAACCACUGAAUGUAUUGAUAAAAAUUUAGACAUCUGGAUCUUAAAAGCUCUGAAUGUAUUUAUAUACUACAUAUUUGCAUGUCACUUUGACAUUUGCUUCUGUGAAUUCAAAUAAUCACAAAUCAGUGUGGACUCAUAAGGUGUCCUGUGAGAAGUGCUGAGAAAUGUAUUAAGGCUAUUUUUGCUAGUACCUCUUUGCUGUCCUGGGAAAAGUGAAUAUUAAGUUUCUUUGUCAGGAGGAGAUAGAAGAGAUCAAACCUGUCCCCCAUUUUUAAAGCUACCUGUCUCAAGUGUGGCAAGGAAGGUUACUAGGAUAUUUGUGAACCUGAUUUCCCUUUGCCUUCUCUUACCAUAUAACAUAGCUGUCUAGACUCUGAAUUAUGCUAAUAGCAGGGAUUCAUACUGGAAUUCAAGAAUGACCAUCUACAUAGUGGCUGUGGAGGGUGCAAUUAAAAGUAGGGAAAGGGCUCUUUGCCACAUCUCUUUUUACCCUGUAACACGCUCCUCUCACCCAUUUUUUACCCAGCCAUGUUUCUAGAUGUGCUUGUAUGUCACUGGGGAAAAGCAGCAAGUGGGAAGAAAGUUAAUCACUCCAUUGUACCAACCAUUUUACUGUUUCAAAUAACACCCACUCACCCCUGCUGCUUUGCAGCUAUUUUGUGGAGACCCAGGUCUCUCCUAAAUGUGAAGUUCCAGCUGAAGUUGACGAUUCUGUGAACUAAUUGGUCAGCUACCUAUCUUUCUUGAGCUUUUUGGUUCCUGGAUGUCUGCUGGGCAUUCCUCUGUUGUAUUUGAUCUCAUACUCCAUAGUUAGGGAAAAUCCGCUCUACCAGCCAACUUAGCAAUUUUGUUUUGACAUCCUCUGCACUUGAACAUGCUUUAGUACAGCCUUUUCUUGUCUUAUGGAAGCUCACUAUUUCAAAGUUACUUUAAGGAGACAUGCAUGGAUAUCACUGGAAGAGGGUAUACAUCUUUAAGAAUGGAGUACACUGCCAAACCGUAGCUGUUAUGUUGAAUCUGCCCUGCCUUUGGAACAAACAUUUGUUUGUUUUUAAGGACUCAGGUGUUGGUAUAUAACUCCAUUAAACCACUCAUUUUCUUUGGUUUGCUCAUUUCGGAAGUCAAAACUAUUUUAAAGAAAAUACUGUAGCUAAAAUAUCCAGCUAUGAUAGCUCAAAGCUCAUAAAUAUUUAGAUAUUUGGCUUAAAAAAUAAGAGAGUAUUUUAUGAUGUACGUAUUAAAAAUAAAAUGCUUGGGGAAAACAAGAGGGAAGAGAAUGCUGUAUUUUAUAUCUGUGUCACACACUUACGCUGUAAUGUACAAUUUGACAACCUAUAUACUCUGUAUCAUCCUUAAAGUUCAUACAAUCAUUGCUGAUUUUUAAAAAAGAAUUUAAGCUUGUAUUUAUCUUAUUUCUUUAAUUAUGUCUGUAUAACUACAAAAUCAGCCUGAAUAUAUUUUGGUUUAUAUAAAAUGUAUCAGUUUGUUUAGUAGAAAUUAUUAUAGCACAGACAUACAUGGUAUAAUAUAACAUACGUUUUUCCAACUUGUUAACCGUAGAUGAGAGAGAACAUACAGAAGAUCAUGUGACUGCUCAACCCCAUGAGACAGGUUUGUACAUUAUAUUGUCAUACUAUGCUAAAACCUGUUUAUGUAAUGGUGCUUAUAUAUGAGUGUGCCCAGAAUUGUUCACCAGGGCAUAUACUUUUUCUGAUUACUUCUGUUCCAUUAUAUAACAAUAUGUCGUGAGCAGAACUAUUUUAUUAAUUCAGUUUCUUAGAAACUGAAAUGCACAUCGUAGUUCAUUAGCCUAUAUUCAUUUAUCUACUUAUUUAUUUUAUCAUAAAUUAAAACCUUUUAAAAUGCUUUUAAAAUGCAGCCCUAACUUGGGGUCACCUGGCUCGUGGGAUGAUUAUAGUGCCAGAGCCCAUGCUACAUUCAAAGUUCUACUAGUACCACCCAUCCAGGGCAAAGGACAAAAAGCUCUGGGGUUUUGGGUUGUUUUUUGCUUUGCUAUGCCAGCUCAAGCUGGCUCCUCACCUGACAGUGGGCUGGCUUAGGUUCUAGCAAAUCCUUGGCCAAGCCUUUUUUUUUUUUAAUCCCUACUCUGCCCAGUUUUGAAUUCCAUCCAUGGGUUAUCAGUGGUGGGAACACUACUAUUGGUAGCUUUCCAGCUGUACAUACAACAGGCACAGUGGUGACUUCUGUGAUGAUGGAGCUCUUACUCCAGCAGAGCCAGGGGAUGUGGCACAUCCAACUAGUCCUUGGGUUAGGAUAUCCCCUUAGAUAUCAGGGCAGUGUACAAAAUAACUUGAUACAGUACAGUGUUAAUGGAUACCCAUUUCUAUAGCCUAGUCUAGCAGAGUGGUCAGACUAUCCCUUUUGAAGUUACCAUUUCAGCAAACCCAACUAACUUUUCCAAGGAAAACCAUAAUGGUUAAAGAAAGUGAAUAAGCAGCAAUUUACUAAGAGUGUAGUUUCUCAUACGUAUGUGUAGAUAGAUAGAUAGAUAGAUAGAUAGAUAGAUAGAUAGGAUAGAUAUAGAUAGUCGUACCUUGGUUGCCUUGCGACUCGAAUGUUUUGGGUCCUGAACACCACAAACUCAGAAGUGAGUGUUCUGGUUUGCAAACGUUCUUUGGAACCCAAAUGUCCAACGCAGCUUCCGUGGCUUCCGAUUGGCUGCAGGAGCUUCCAAUAAGAUCCAAUAAAGGUGUAGAAAACAACAGUGAGUGACUCACAUCCACAAUAAAUGUCUUCUCAAGCCCUGUCUCUGGCAUUGUGAGAAGAAAGCUUCAGCUAUACAUAUCUCUGUCGCAGAGUUUGUUUAUAACCACCAAGGAGAUGCAUGUGGUGGCUGCUACUGUUUCUGGAAGCCUCUGGCUCACAUGGGUAAGGUUCCUUUAACAGCAACAUGACAGAAAAGUUCAUAUGUUGACAUUUGACCUUACGAAAGCUUCUGAGUCGGGCUUCUUUUCUGUUUACGGCAAAAAAGGGACUUUGCAACCACUGCUGUAUCUUGCUCAUAUCACAGACCCACCAUGUGUUGCGUCUGCCAUGCCUUCACCUUGCUUUAUCUAGUAUUGCCUUACUCCCAGAAUGUGGUAUCAUGACUUGGCAGGAUCUGGAUUCAGGAACACGUUGCAGGAAAUAGAGACCUGUAGCCUGCAACUUGGAAUAAACAGUCAGCUUUCCAGGUACAUCUUCAGUCAAAUGGAGUUGACACAAAGGCACAAGUCUAAACUUCCUGGCAAAGAGGGACAUGAUCUUUUGAUGUGAAAGAUUGCCAGCAACACAGCUGCAGUGACUGCUUAUCAACACCAAAUGUGGGAGAAAUUUGAUUUUGUAUUUCAUGUCUCUCACACACUAAACUGAUACUUUGCAUCCCAUAAAAUGAUGGCAUUAGAUUAGCACCAAAGCAUUAUUACAGGUGCUAACAUUUUCAUUUCCAUCCUCAGUAUGUUUUUAGUGAGCCAGAAUGAGUAAAUACAAAGGGAUUUGAUCACAGCUGCAAAUUUCCAGAUUCUUAAGUGGUAGAUGGAAAUAUUCAUAGCUUUGGGCUUCUGUAAAGCACAUUGCUUUCUGUUUCUUUUUUGUUUUUAUUUCAGCGUUUAACCCUACUUUUUGUUUUUUGGGAAAUGGAAUAUUCUAAAAACUAUUCCAAGGCACAGUUGAGAUAAUAAAAGUCCUUGCCUGCAGGGCUCAGGUUAAAUUUUAAAAGAGCAGUAUGGAAAAAAAUACCUCUGAGUCCCAGUUUUGGGGAAUCACAGUGGUGAGAGUGCUGUUGUGUGCAGUUCAUGUUUCUGGGCAUCCCAUAGGCAUCUGGUUGGUUACUAUGACAAAAGAAUGCUUGGCUACAUGGGCUUGAUCCAUCUGGCAUUUCUAAAGAAAAGUCAGUGGUGGACUAAUGAGUAGCAUGUGGUAAAUACUCUAGAAAUAAAAGCUGCUGCUUCAAAAUAGAGUUGGGGAUCAUCAGGUAACAUUAGAUUUGCAGAUAUGGUGAACUCAUGGAUGACUGCAAGGGAAGUAGGAAAGUCUACAGAAGUGCCAUAAUCAUCAGAGUUCCAGUUUUCAUUGACUAAAAAAGAAGGCUACCAUUGUUGAACCAGAGAUACGAGGCAAAAUAUGUAAGCACUGUUUUCCUUGUUUUGUAAACUAGUAUGAUUGCCAAUGAAUGAAGUCAUAGCAAUGAGUGGCAUUAAGAAAACAGAUCUAGCCAAUUACACAAAGAUAUGGCUAGAGCAGGGGGAGCCAACAUGGUAUCCUCGUAUGUUGUAUGACUAUCAGCUGCAGCCAGCAUGCCAAAUAGUUGAGAAUGAUGGGAGUUAUUAUCCAGCAACAUCUGGAGGAUACUGUGUUGACUACUCCUGGGCUAGAGUCUAGUGAAGAAACUUGUUGGUUGGUUUUUAAGGCUUUUAUGUUGUAAAAAAUGAUUGCUGCUUCAUAGAGAGCCAUUCAUGUAUCCAGGAUUUUAGUGUAGCUGAGUUUGGGGAGUCAACUCAAAAAGAAAAGAUAGCAACAAAGAGGAGUUCAUGAUCUUUCUAACUCAGGUUUUAUUUAAUACCAAAAAAGUGCCCUUUCCCAUUUGUCAACAUUAAAAAAGAAAUCUCAAUGCAGCUAAAACCAAUCGGUAUUUUAUCCUUACUGCAAGCUGGGGGAGGGGACGCAGAACACUAUGGCUGAGUGUAUCCACAAUGUAAUCCAGUGUUUGUAUCCAUAUGCUGAAAAGUAUGAGGAGUUAUAAUAAUUUAUAACAACCCUGAAAUAUAGACCUUUGUUGUUACUCUGACAUGUUGGUGUUUUGUGUGUGUGUGUGUGUGUGUGUGUGUGAGAGAGAGAGAGAGAGAGAGAGAGAAAUUGAUUGUAGAAUAGUUCGAUAAAUUAAGGCUUGGUGGGGGUUAGUUGAGCCAGGGAAAUAAUUGUUGGUUUGAGUGGUCGUCAAAAGGUGUCUGGAUGCCAGGUCUACCCAUUCAGAAACAACAGAUGGAAUAUAAGUUCAUCAGGUGCAGGCCCAGGUCUUCUAGAAAUUGUAGGCCUGUUCUCUCAUACUAGUUACAUUUGUUUGGAGUAUUUGCUUUGCUGCUGCCUCUGGGGAAAAAAUCCUUUGGAUGCCCGUGGAUGAGCUUAAAGUGAAUCAAGAAUGGAUUAGAAAUAAAGGCUUGGCUGUUGAGAAGAGAGUUGAAAAGGAGAGAGAAGCAAUAGAGAAGGAAAGGUUGUUUCUGGUAGGAAGGUAGAAAUGGAAGGAUAUGAAGAGGACAAGUUUGAAAUAUCUAACAGAAAGUGAGAGAGUACAAAAAAUUGUGAUUGUAACAAAAUUAUGAAUGUGUAAGCAGCAGAGAAUGCAUCUUGAAAAUAAAAAGACUUUGGCAACUGGAUAGUUGAUGGAGUCAAACAUAAGGCUAAGAUUGUGAUGGCGAAGAUAAGGGCAACAUUAACAGAAUAGAGAUUCAUCCAGUUAAAUUUAUAUUGGGUGUGGUGGUCAUGGCACUCUCCUGCAGCAUGUGAAGUAGCAGUUAUAUAGGCACAGCAAGUCAGAUGACCAUUUAAUUGGGGCAAGCAGCCCCUGUCCCUAUGCGAGCGGCAUAGUAGUAAAGCACACUGUAGCUCCCAUUUUGUUAUAAGUGGCUAGCGCUGCCUUCAAAUUCAGUGCCUUUUCUUUAUCCAUACUGUUGCGUCUAAUCAGUGAAACAGACCACAACGGUGUGUGUGUUUGGCCCAUGCAAUGUGCAAUAACUGCAAUUGAUCCCACAGAAUUGCACAGGAUGUUAUAUCAGAUGCAUCAGCAUAAAUUUUCCUCUGCCCUGUUCCAAAUACAUACAUAUAAUGACCCAGGAUGGAACCAUGUAGAUGAAGAGCUAUGCAGACAGAUAACGCUUGGUUUAGCCUCCACCCUGGGGUUAUCUCCAUGUUAUGUCUUCACUUUUUCCCAUAUAAGUGAAUGGUUGCCAGUUACCCUUCUUGCAAGGCAGAGAAGUAAAAUACUGCAAUUGUAGAGUGUUGGGGUGUAAGCAAAUCUGCCCUUCCAUCCUUAACACUGAAUGGCCGAACCCUCAUUGUAGAGAGUUCUUACUCUACAAGUAUGCUUUCAUUAUAGUAAUGCAUUUUUCUCAUAAUAUGCAUGUAUGGUCAGAGGCGUACCUAGGCUCCCUUGCACCCUUGGCAAGGAGAGUGGGCAGACUCCUAACCACUCUGAGCCAGAGUGGAGAGGUAUGAUUUCUGCGCUUCCUUGGACCUGCACCUUUGGCAGGGGCCAAUCUGGCCAUCCCCUAGGUACAUCCUCAUGUAUGGUGUGUGUAUGUGUGUAGUGGGGGAAGAGAUUCUUGUUUUCUUGCUCAAAAAGGUUGUCCUUCAAGGUCUGCUGUUGCUUCCCCUCUUUAAUAGAUAGCAACUUUGUGUCUAAAACUAAUACAGUUUUAAUAAAAGGUACAACCAAAUUCCUUUGCUACAAAGUUGCAUAUUAGUAACAAAGAAUAUUUCAAAAAAUAAUUUGUAUCAUGGUUGGUCCUCUAAUUUAGAUCUCCCCUUAUUUUUUCAGAUACUUAA